CUUGCCUCGGGUGUAGGGAUUGCUUGGGGAAAAGCAAAACUACACGGAUCCCAACCUGUGUAGUUUUGUUUUUUGGGAAUAUUCUUGAGGCUCAACCGUUCUCACACUGGAUUUUGGAAAACAUUUCUGGAUAAGGAGUUUGUUUCAGAAGACUAAGACCUCUUUGGGCUUUGUCCCCACAGUUUAAGGCACUCUUGUGGAUACAAGGUGCCCACCAUCAUGGCAACGCAAGCGCCAACAUUUACACAGCCGCUUCAGAGCGUUGUGGCACUUGAGGGUAGUGCUGCAACGUUCGAAGCCCAAAUUAGUGGUAAUCCAGUUCCUGAGGUGAGCUGGUUUCGUGAUGGCCAGGUUCUUUCUACUGCCGCUCUGCCCGGCGCUCAGAUCUCGUUCAGCGAAGGCCGCGCUGUUCUGAAGAUCCCCGCCGUGACAGCCGCACACAGUGGAAGAUUUUCUGUGAGAGCCACCAAUGGAGCCGGACAAGCCACUAGCACUGCUGAACUCCUGGUUACAGCGGAAACUGCACCGCCCAACUUUAUUCAGAGACUACAAAGCAUGACUGUGAGACAAGGAAGCAAAGUGAGACUGGAUGUCCGUGUGACAGGAAUCCCUACACCUGUGGUGAAGUUUUUCAGAGAGGGAGCUGAGAUUCAGAGCUCAGCUGACUUUCAGAUUGUUCAAGAUGGAGACCUUUACAGUUUGUUGAUUGCCGAGGCUUUUCCUGAAGACUCUGGUACAUACUCGGUUAGUGCCUCUAACAGCAGCGGACGUGCCACUUCAACUGCAGAACUACUGGUUCAAGGUGAAGAGGAAGCUGUGCCUGCUAAGAAAAUUAAGACAGUCAUUUCAAGCUCUCAGAUUUCACAGACCCGCCAAACCAGAAUGGAAAAGAAAAUGGAAACCCACUUUGAGGCCGCGUCCAUGCAGAUGCAUGUGGAAGGAGGUAUUCUGACUCAGAUGGCCCACAAGACUCCACCACGUGUGCCACCCAAACCAACCUCCAAGUCCCCUCCAUCUCUUGUGACUAAAGUUUCAGUUACUCGACAACAGUCACCUUCUCCUGUGAGGCAUGUGAAGGCACCUACACCGACUCCUGUCAGAACUGUAUCCCCCUCCACAAGACUGUCCAUAUCUCCAAUCAGGCCUGUCAAGUCCCCAGUGAUGACCCGAAAACAGGUUACUCAGAUCACAGAGGUCCUGCCUCCAUGGAAACAGGCGGGAUAUGUAUCCGAAUCCAGCUACGUUGCCAGCAUGGCAGCGAGAGCUGCGAAGGUUCAAACCACUACUCAGGUCCGCAUGGAGCAGCGCUGGGAAGGCUCAGUUGCCAUGCAGCAACAAGUCAGCGGCGUCGCUGUCAAAGAGGAACAGCAAAGCAUGGAUGACAAAUCUGUUGCUGUUGCCACUGUGGUGGCAGCAGUGGACCAGGCUCGUAGUCGCAAGCCUUUUGCUGGCUCAGCAGAGCCUCAAGGUGUAGAGAGCACCACUGCUACUGUUCUUCCUGCACUUCCGACCGAGCAGGUAAUGAAGCAUAUUUCAUCCAUGACACUUCUUGAGCAGGAUAUUGAGCGAGAGGCCAUUGGUUCUCUCCCAGAUCAUACAACAACUAUGGAAACAACUUCUAGCCAUUACACUUUUGCCUCCCAGGAGCAGGGUCAUGAGAAAAAGGCUGGAGCUGUGGCUACAGUGCUUGCUGCGGUGGAGCAAGCACGUGAACGAAAGCCUGUGCAUGUUGAGAGUGCUUUGGCUGAAGAGGAAACGGACAUUAAACAACAGGCAGUGCUAAGUUCUAUGCAACAGGCUGCAAGUAAAAUGGAGGUGUUGCAAAUUCCCAGUGAUAUACCGAGCUCUUCCAUCGAGCAGAAAGUUCAUGUCAGCCAGAUCCAAAGAACUACUGAGGUUAAGGCCCAGGUGGAUUCUGGCCUUUCCCCAUCCCCAGUUCCUCAUUUCACAGUUUCAAAAGUUACUGUUCCUAAACCUGAUCAUAGCUAUGAGGUCUCAAUAGCUGGCUCUGCUAUUGCCACACUGCAAAAAGAGUUGUCUUCUACUCAUACUGCCCAAAAGAUCAUCAAGCCUGUGAAGCCACCAACUCAUAAGAUUGUGGAGACAAGAGUGACUCCAGAACCUACCCCUCCUCCAUUUAGAGACGCCAGUGAGAGAUAUCAGUUGCAUUUCGACACAGACUUACAGAGACAGAUAGGUGCUUCAUAUACAGGGGAAUGGGAGACACAGGUUCUUGAAACAGCUGCAGUUCCCUCAGUUGUCAGGGAGCCAAGUAUUCCUCCGACUGUUGUUGCUGGCUUAAAGAACAUGACUGUUACCGAAGGAGAGUCCGUGACACUGGAGUGCCAGAUCUCAGGUCACCCCACACCAGGCAUUAUGUGGUUCAGAGAGGACUACAGAAUUGAAAGCUCUAUUGACUUCCAGAUCACAUAUGAGCAAGGAUAUGCCCGUUUAGUGAUCCGUGAGGCUUUUGCUGAGGAUAGUGGGCGUUUCACUUGCACUGCAACAAACGAGGCUGGAACAAUCAGCACCUCCUGCUACCUGCUUGUUAAAGUGUCAGAAGAGAUUGAGACCCGAGCCGAGAUUACUACGGAGAAACAGGCUAUUAUUGAGACUAAAGAAGUGGUUACGUCAGAAGUCGGAGUUGUCUCUGAGACCGUGGAUGCUGGAGCAGCUGUAGCGCCAUUCUUUGUGAAGAAACCACUUUCACAGAAACUUGUGGAAGGUGGCAGUGUUGUGUUUGUUUGCCAGAUUGGAGGCAACCCCAAACCUCACAUUUACUGGAAGAAAAAUGGUGUCCCACUCACAUCAGGAUACAGAUAUCGUGUUAGUUACAAUAAGGACACAGGACAAUGCAAGCUGGAAAUCUCCAUGACAUUUGCUGAUGAUGCCGGAGAGUAUACUAUCUCUGCCAAGAACCAGCAUGGAGAGAUAUCGACCUCUACAAGACUUCUUGAAGAAGAGGAAUAUGAAGCUUAUAUGAAAACCCUGGAUGUGACAUACAAAACAGAAGUGACCACUACAGUGGGUCAGGAGCCCAAAGUGGCAGAUUUGCCCCCUGUGGUCUUUAGUGAAUAUGACAUGCAGAGAAGGAUGGCACAACAAGCCCAAAUGACAACAUUCAUAUCAGAGAGGGAAUUCCAGAUCUCUGCUCUUGAGGUGAGAAUCAUUCAAGAGAUUGAGUUCAGGAUCCUCAAGAUUACAUAUCGUGAACUAGUGAUUGAGGAUGGAGAAGAAAUGCUGCUGAGUGCGGCUGAGCACGAGGCAGUAGGAUCCUCUUUCAGCACCCAUGUCAAAAGCUACAGAAUCAUGGAGGGAAUGGGUGUGACAUUCCACUGCAAAAUGGAAGGAAAUCCCGUGCCAAAGAUUGCAUGGUACAAAGAUGGCAAGCGCAUCAAGCAUGGAGGCCGUUAUCAGAUGGAGGUUCUUCAGGAUGGAAGAGCCACUCUGCGUCUUCCCGUGGUGUUGCCAGAAGAUGAGGGAGUCUACACAGCAUUAGCUAGUAACAUGAAGGGUAAUGCCGUCAGCUCUGGAAAACUCUACGUGGAGUCCACAGCUGCUGCUCAGCCUUUUUAUCCUCAGACAGAAGCAAUGAAGAGAGUACAGUCUGAAUCCCCAAUGUCUGCACGCUCCAUUAGCCUCUCCCCUGGACGUUCCCCUGCACGUUCUGUUAGCCGUUCUCCUGCUCGCAGACUGGAUGAGACAGAUGAGACCCAGCUGGAAAGGCUUUACAAACCUGUGUUUGUCAUGAAACCAUCAUCCUUCAGGUGUGCUGAAGGACAGACUGCAAGAUUUGAUUUGAAAGUUGUUGGAAGACCCAUGCCCGAAACUUAUUGGUUCCACAAUGGGCAACAAGUAGUGAAUGACUACACCCACAAGAUUGUGGUGAAGGAGGAUGGAACGCAGUCUAUGAUUGUGGUGCCUGCUAUGCCUAAUGACUCUGGAGAAUGGACAGUUGUUGCUCAGAAUAGGGCUGGAAAAACUACUGUUUCUAUGACUCUAACUGUAGAAGCUAAGGAAAACUUGAUUAGACCACAGUUCAUUGAAAAGCUAAGGAAUGUCAGUGUCAAGGAAGGUACCUUGGUUGAGUUGGCGGUCAAAGCCAUUGGAAACCCUCUCCCUGACAUUGUCUGGCUGAAAAACAGUGACAUAGUCUCUGCUCAUAAGUAUCCAAACAUUAAGAUUGAGGGAACCAAGGGGGAAGCACGUUUCAAAAUCCCCCAAACUGCUGGUUCUGACAGUGCAUGGUACACCGCUACAGCAAUUAAUAAAGCCGGACGUGAUACCACACGCUGCCGUGUCAAUGUUGAGGUGGAGUACAUUGAACCUGAACCAGAAAGAAAACUCAUUAUUCCUAAGGGAACUUACAAAGCUAAGGAAAUUGCUUCACCAGAGUUGGAGCCACUGCACCUCCGUUAUGGUCAGGAACAAUGGGAGGAGGUCGACCUUUAUGACAAGGAGAAACAGCAGAAGCCGCACUUCAAAAAGAAACUGACCUCAGUAAGACUCAAGCGUUUUGGUCCUGUACACUUUGAAUGCAGACUCACCCCUAUUGGUGAUCCCACAAUGAUUGUUGAGUGGCUUCAUGAUGGCAAGCCCCUUGAAGCUGCUAACAGGUUACGCAUGAUUAAUGAAUUUGGCUAUUGCAGUCUUGACUAUGAGGUUGCAUAUUCCAGAGACAGUGGAGUGAUCACAUGCAGAGCUACCAACAAAUUUGGUGUUGAUCAGACCUCAGCCACCCUGAUUGUGAAAGAUGAGAAAGGUCUUGUUGAGGAAAGUCAGUUGCCUGAGGGUAGGAGGGGACAGAGAAUAGAGGAAUUAGAGCGCAUUGCUCAUGAAGGAGCUCCUGCUGGUGUUACUAUAGAUGAAAUCACUGAAAAAUCUAAGCCUGAGAUUGUCCUAGUUCCAGAGCCCAUUGCAGUAUUAGAGGGGGAAACUGCUAAAUUUCGUUGUAGAGUAACUGGAUACCCAACCCCUAAAGUAAACUGGUACCUGAAUGGAAAGCUUAUUCGCAAGAGCAAAAGAUUUAGACUACAGUAUGAUGGCAUUCACUACCUUGAGAUUGUGGACUGCAAGUCUUAUGAUUCAGGUGAUGUUAAAGUUGUGGCAGAGAACCCAGAGGGAACUGCAAACAACAUUGUGAAGCUAGAUAUUAAACAGAAAGAGGACUUCAGGGCAAUCCUGCGACGUGCUCCUGAAAUUAAGGCUCCAGAAGGUCCUGGCCCUGAGCAUGGCAGAGUAUCUUUUGAUGUUGUUAAGGUGGAUAAACCCACUGAGACCUCACAAGCCAAAGAGGUUGUCAAACUAAAGAGGGCUGAGAGAGUUGUUCAUGAGAAGUCUACCGAAGAGACGGAGGAAUUAAGAAGCAAAUUCAAACGCAGAACUGAAGAAGGCUACUAUGAAGCCAUUUCCUCAGUGGAGUUUAAAUCUCGCAAGAAGGAUGAGUCCUAUGAAGACAUGCUGAAGAAGAGAAAGGAAGAGCUUCUGCACUGGACUAAGGAGAUACCUGAAUCCGAGAAGAAGAAGAUGGAAGAAGAACGUAAACUUACCAUUCCUACAAUUAAGCCUGAGAAAAUAGCUCUUUCCCCCAGCAUGGAGGCACCAAAGAUCAUAGAACGUAUUCAGAGCCAGACAGUCACCCUGGGUGAUGAAGUACGCUUCCGUUGCAGAGUUGUUGGUAAACCAGAUCCAGAAUGCCAAUGGUACAAGAAUGGAGUUUUGCUGGAAAAAUCAGACCGAAUUUAUUGGUACUGGCCUGAGGACCAUGUCUGUGAACUGGUUGUUAGAGAUGUUUCAGCUGAAGACUCAGCUAGCAUUAUGGUAAAAGCCAUUAACAUUGCAGGAGAGACUUCAAGCCAUGCCUUCUUGCUGGUGCAUGGCAAGCAAGUUGUAACCUUCACACAGAAAAUUGAUGAUAUAUAUGCCAAAGAAAAGGACAACCUGGUGACCUUUGAAUGUGAAACAAACGAGCCCUUUAUCAAGGUUAAAUGGUUGAAGAACAAUACUGAUAUUUUCUCUGGGGACAAAUACAGGAUGCACUCUGACAGAAAAGUGCAUUUCCUAUCUGUCCUGGUUAUUGGCAUGGAUGAUGAUGCUGAAUACACUUGUGCUGUUGUUGAGGAUGAUCAAAUAAGAACAACAGCCAGACUACAUGUUGAAGGUGCACCACUUGAAAUUGUGAAGAAUUUGGAAAGUGUUGAAGUACCAGAGUCAUACGCAGGGGAGUUUGAGUGUGAAAUAUCUCGUGAGGAUGCCGAGGGCACCUGGUACUUUGAGAACAAAGAGAUCACCCCAGGCCUGAAGUAUGUUAUGUCUUCUCGGCGUGGAAGACACAGCCUGUGUGUCAAGGAUGUGAAGAAAGAGGACCAAGGCAAAUACACUUUCAAAGUGGGUGAUCUACAGACAAGUGCUAAUCUGAAGAUGAAAUUGCGCUCAGUUACACUGAUGCAAGGACUUUCCGACUUAACUCUCUGUGAAGGUGAUAUUGCUCAGCUGGAGGUACGAUUCUCUCAGGAGAAUGUGGAAGGAACUUGGUUGAAGAACGGUCAACCCAUCUCUGCUACUGAUAGGAUUCACAUUGUUAUUGACAAACUUGUACACAAGCUCCUUAUUGAAAACAUAACCAAAGAUGAUGCUGGAAUGUACUCCUUUAAUGUUCCUGCUCAUGGCAUUUCCACCGCAGGAAAACUGAAUGUUCAAACAAUCUGUAUUGUAACACCUCUAAAGGAUGUUAGCACAAUUGAAGGCACAAAGGCAGUUCUAGAAGCCAAGAUUUCAGCUGCUGAUGUGAGCACAGUGAAAUGGUACCAUAAUAACAAACUAGUGACUGCUAGUGACAGAAUCCAGGUCGUGACUAAGGGCUCCAAACAACGACUAGUACUGAAUAGAACUUAUGCUUCUGAUGAAGGACAAUAUAAACUGGUUGUUGGCAAAGUUGAUUCAUCAUGCAAGCUAACUGUUGAGAAAAUUAGUAUCGUAAAGCACAUGAAGGACUGUGUUUGCACUGAGACCCAGAAUGUCACAUUUGAAGUUGAGCUGUCUCAUACUGGCAUUGAAGCUCUCUGGACAUUUAAGGGUCAACCUCUGAAGGCUGGUCCCAAGUACAAAAUUGAUUCUAAGGGCACAAAGUAUAGUCUCAUUAUUCUCAAUGCCAUGAAAGAUGAGGAGGGCCCUUAUGUGUUUGCAGCUGGUGAAAAGACUUCAAGUGCUAAACUCAUAGUAUCAGGUGGUGCCAUAAACAAACCACUGCAGGAUGUAACUGUUGCAGAGUCCCAGACAGCUGUGUUAGAGUGUGAAGUUGCCAGUGCCUCCACCGAGGGAAAGUGGAUUAAGGAUGGACAUCCUGUUGAGUUCAGUGAUAAUGUCAGGCGUGAAGAGAUCGGUCCUGUAAGACGGCUUGUCAUUGAAAUCUCAAGACCGCAGGAUAUUGGAGAGUACACAUACCAGGUGGCAAACUCUAAGACCUCAGCUAACUUGAGAGUUGAAGCUGUAAAGGUCAAGAAAACACUAAAGAACCAAACUGUCAUUGAGACACAAGAGGCUGUGUUUAGUAUUGAACUUACUCAUUUGGAAGUGAAAGGGGUCCAAUGGAUCAAGAACGGAAUUGAUAUUGUUCCAAGUGAUAAAUAUGAAAUAUCAGUAGAUGGCAUGGUUCACAUGUUGAAGAUUAAAGAUUGUAACACCCAGGAUGAAUCAGUUUACGGAUUCAAACUUGGAAAACUCACAGCUAAUGCAAGACUUAAUGUUGAGACAAUAAAAAUUGUGAAGAAGCCUAAAGAUAUGACUAUACUGCUAAACUCUACUGCAUCCUUUGAGUUAAGCGUAUCACAUGACAAUGUCCCCGUUAAAUGGAUGUUCAAGAACCAAGAGCUUCAGCCAAGUGCAAAUAUCCAAAUCCUUUCUGAGAGGAAAGCUCACAAGCUUAUCAUUGCUAAUGUUGAAGAAAACAUGGCGGGAGAAUACACAGCUGUUGUGGGACAUGUGCAUUGCAGUGCAUUUUUACAUGUUGAGUCUUUGAGAGUCACAAAGCCCAUGAAAAAUAUUGAAAUCCCAGAGACCCAGGUGGCUACAUUUGAAUGUGAGGUUUCGCAUUUUAAUGUUCCAUCCACAUGGCUGAAAAAUGGAGUUGAGAUUGAAAUGAGUGAGAAGUUCAGAAUAGUUGUGCAGGGUAAGCUGCACCAACUGAAGAUCAUGAACACCAGCAGAGAUGAUACUGCAGAAUAUACAUUUGUCUGUGGAAAUGACAAAGUCUCAGCCACCCUGACUGUUAGCCCUAUACUCAUCACCUCCAUGCUCAAAGACCUCAAUGCUCAAGAGAAGGAUACUAUUACAUUUGAAGUGACUGUUAAUUAUGAGGGCAUCACCUACAAAUGGCUGAAGAAUGGUGUAGAGAUUAGAUCCACUGACAGAUGCCAGACUCGUUCAAGACAGUUUUCUCACUCUCUGACCAUUCGCAAUGUGCACUUUGGGGAUAGUGCAGAGUACAAGUUUGUGGCAGGAUCUGCUCAGACUUCAGCAAAACUGUUUGUUGAAGCUCGUGUCAUUGAGUUUAGAAAGCACAUCAAAGAUAUCAAGGUGACUGAGAAGAAAAAGGCCAUCUUUGAAUGUGAGCUCUCUGAGCCCAAUGUUCAAGUCACAUGGAUGAAAAAUGGGCAGGAACUUGAGCUAUCUGAAAGGUUCAAGGUUUCCACAGACAAAUAUAUUCAACGCUUAAUGAUACAGACUGUUCGCAUGUCUGAUGCCGGUGAAUACUCAGUGGUUGCUGGAUCCAGCAUGUCCAAAGCUCAGCUCACAGUAGAAGGCAAAGAUGUCCGCAUCACUGAACCUGUUGAGAAAGAAAUAACAGUGCUUGAGAAGCAGAGAGCUACACUGGAAUUUGAAGUCAAUGAGGAUGACAUCGAUGGACGCUGGCUCAGAAAUGGUGUUGAAAUUCAAUUUACUGUUGAUAAGCGUUAUAACUAUGUGACCAUUAGGAAAAUUCAUCGCUUGACAAUCACUGAAACAUGGAGGAGUGAUGCUGGAGAAUAUACUUUCAUUGCUGGGAAGAACAGGAGUGUGGUGACUCUACAUGUCAACAUUCCUGAGCCUCCUAAGAUCAUCAAGCAUAUGGAGCCUUUGUCUGUUGAAGCUGGUAAACCUGCACGCUUUUCUGUGGAAGUGACUGGCAUCCCUGAACCACAAGUUUCCUGGUAUAAGAACUCUCAGGCAUUAUCUCCUGGAUUCAAGUGCAAGUUUCUGAGAGAGGCAAAUGAACACACUCUGCUGCUCAUUGAAGUCUUCCCAGAGGAUGCAGCUCAGUACAACUGUGAGGCAAGAAAUGACUAUGGGCAGGCGACCAGCUCUGCUUCACUGAACGUUGAAGUUCCAGAGGUUGUUUCACCUGACACUGGUGCACCUUUAUCCCCACCUGUGAUUAUAUCUCCAAUACAACACACCUCUGCCACUGAAGGAGGAUCUGCUAGAUUUCAGUGCCGGGUGUCUGGAGAAGAUCUGACAAUUACGUGGUUCAGCAAAGACAAAGAGAUCAAACAAUCAAACUUCUUCAGAAUGUCUCAAUUUGAUGACAGCUGCCAGCUAGAGAUAGCCAGAGUUUAUCCAGAGGAUGAGGGAGAGUACACCUGUGUUGCUCGUAAUUCUGCUGGAAUGGUUUCUUGCUCCGCAGUACUUAAACUGGAGGGGAAAACACAAAUUAUUGACAUAACAUCUCAGCAAUCUCAAUGGCACGCCUUGUCCAGUCUCUCUACAAGCAUUGCGAGUGUAAAGACGGAGCCAGUUGGUCAGAAGCCUACUUUUAUUCAACCUCUUGUAAGCUGCACUGUGCCUCAUGGGGAAGUGGCCAGAUUUUAUGCUUGUGUCUCUGGCAUCCCAAAACCAGAGAUAAGUUGGUUUCAUGGCCAGGAGCUUGUAAAACCAAACAAAAACACUGUCUUUCAUUUUGAUGAAAUGACAAACACUGCCACAUUAAUCAUAGUUGAUGCUUUCUCUGAGCAUGCUGGACAGUACACUUGCAAAGCAGCCAAUUCCUCUGGAGAGGCUGUUUGUACAGCAACCCUUACAGUAUUCACAGAAGUUACCAAACGUGAGGACAUUGAAACAAAAAUUGAAGAAGUCGUCAAAGAGUAUUCUAGUUUGACUUGGAAGACUGAGGAAGAAGAAGAAAAAGAAGAAACCUUCAGCACUUCUCUACAAUUACCCAAAACAGCUAAAACACUUGAACUCACGCCAGAACAAAAACAUUAUUCCAGUUCAUUGGAAAAGAAAACACCUACUUUUGUAACCAAGUUAACACCAUCUGUAGUUACAGUUGGCAGUUCAGCUAGGUUUACUGUCACUAUAUCUGGCUUUCCAAAACCUAAAGUUAAUUGGUUUCAUAAUGGAAAAUCCAUUACUUCUUCAUCCGUAUACAGGUUUGUGGAGGAAAGAAAUGAAUACAGUCUAAUUAUCACUGAGGUUAAAAAAGAGUUUGAGGGAGAGUAUUCUUGCAUUGCCAGUAACAGAUUUGGCCAAACUACGUGCACAACAACACUGAAAGUAGAAGUUAGUGAUCUAUCUACAGCAGAGAAGUGGGUUGAGCGAAUGUUUAAAAUCCCUGGUGAGCCACCCUGUUUUACCACACAAAUCCAACCAGUGCAGUGUGCUGAAGGAUGUGAAGCUAAAUUUCAGUACAAAGUGACGGGGGUACCUCAUCCAGAGGUUCAGUGGUUUAAGGGUAGUUAUCAAAUUAAGCCUAGCCCAAACUGUUGUGUAGUCACAGACCCCGAUGGCACUGGUUUUCUUAUAAUGAUUGAUGCACAACAGAAGGAUACUGGUCUAUACACAUGCAGGGCUUCCAAUUGCUUUGGAGAGGCAACAUGUAGUGCUGAAUUGGCUGUGUUUUGCAAAAGUUUCUCAGUAUCUCAUCAACAGCAGUUAGUUCAGGGACAAAAGUCUUAUAAAGUGUCCACAACUGAAGAAGCAACUGAAUCUCGAUUGUAUAGUGUGAGUCUUCCCAUUCAAGCCAGAACCGAAGUGCAGGAAGGACGCCAGAUGAUUUAUACCAUUGGUACUGAAGAUAAGCACAUUAUAGCCAGUGAGCAAGUAGGUACUUUCUGUGAAAUAGAUGUUUCAGCUGCAACUAUGCACAAGGAGCAGGUUACUCACCAAGCUGCAGUUCUGCAGUCUCACAAAAUGCAGGAAAGGGUAACUGUAGCUCCCACCAAGCCACAGUCAGCAGUGGCAACGCCUCUGAAACAGCUUCACAUGGCUGCAAUGACCUCUGCUGUUCAAGAAAACCAAGGUUUUACAGAGCAGCAUUUAGACCGUAUUAAAAGUCCUGAAGUUACAGAGGUUGAUAUUUCUAAGCAGGAGCCUUCAACGUGUAUGUCUGCUAUAACAGAGAGUGUGACUCCGUUAACAAUAGUUAAAGCGGAGCCUCUAUCAAGGCAAGAGGAAAAGCAGCUCAAAGCUACUCCUGAGCCUAAGCACCAAAUGUUAAGUCACCAGGUAGAAACAAUCCUUGCAACUGUUAAAGAGCAGUCACAUAUUAUACCACAGACCGAGGCAGAAAAGAGCUACCAAGUUAAAGAGGGCAUUAAAAUAUUGUAUUCAGCAGUUUCCACAGAAAAUACACAGCUUACUGAAGGGCAUGCAACAGAUAUCUCUAUUUUGGAUUCAGCAAUUCAAUCAUCAGUAAAGACAGAAUCCUCAAAACCAGUUAUUCUUUCAGUAAAUGAGACCAAGCAAAUGUUAUCAAAAGAAGAGAGGUUAUCUAUGCACCAGCCAAAUGAAGAAGUUGCAUCUCAGGCUAAGGAUAGGGUAUUUAAGUCAGCUGUUAUUACUGAAGAAAGAAAUGAACUUAAAGCUGAUAAAACAAGUAUAAUUCCAGGUUUGGACAAUGCUGUUUCAGUUCAGUCACAGACUGAAAAGGACCAGCUAAUCAAUUUGCAGAUAUUCACAGAUCAGGCAGUUCUUCCCGCUGAGGGUCGAUUCAGUAGUGAAAGGCCAAGUCCUGAGCAAGCAGAAGUUAGAAAAUCUCCUACCCUUAUGCACACUGUGUCAACAGAUGAACAGGCAACUGCUACCUGUGAAGAAUCAACUCGGUUUUCUGUUGAAGAGACAGCAAUUUCCAUAGUACCUCAUAUAGAGGUUCCUGCCCUCUUGCAUCUACAGGCAAUUCACCCAGACAGCAUGCUAUCAAAAGAGGGUAUAAUCUCAGCAGAGAAGCCUGACCAGCAGAUGGCAGUUCUGAGACAGGAAAUGGCCCGUAAACAUGCAGUUACUACAGAGGAGAAAAGGGAUCUUACAGCAGACUAUUCCAGAGCUCUUGAUGUUUCUGUGGCAGGAUUUCAAUCUGAAACCAGGAAAGAACCAAAGCCUCAAAACAUUUUGCAAGUGUGUACAGAACAAAUGCAAUUACCAAAAGAAAAACCAUUUGCUAGUGACAUUAAGCAACAACGUGCGUUAGUUCAAAAAGAGGAUCACUGGAAUGUUUUACAUGCCACGUCUGUAACAGAUAGACAUGAGCUGGAGGAAGGACAUACAGAACAUUUAGGUAUACUUGAGCAAUACACAUGCUUGACUAAGAUGGAGCCUAAAAUGUCAUCAGAAUUUGUUCAUGUUGAGGAAAAGGCAGUCUCCACAGAAAAUACUACUUCUCUUGAUUCUGCAGAACAAGACUUUGCUGUUCAGAUUCAAGAGGGACAGUCCAUUAGACAGUCAAUAUUAUUAGAAGAGAAGCACGUUCUAACUCGUGAAACGUCUCAAGAUCUUAUAAAACCGGAAACUACCGCUGCAGAGGUUAGCCAGCAGCAGAUGGGUGCUCUACUAGUGUCAGAGUCCAGAGAAAGUGAGGAACUUCCUAAGGAACUUACAUUUGUUAUCUCAGCACCAAAAGCACAUAGCUUAGAUAUAAAGCACCAGUUAAAAAAUAUGCUUGCAUCUGCAGUAGCUAGAGAUCAACCAUUAAUCCUAGCAGAUGUGGUUGAGCGUUUAGAAGUUGUUGAAGUGCAAGAAGUAAAAGUACAGAAGGAGCCCAAGCAUAUUAUAUUCACAUAUCUUAUUACAACUGCUGGUGCACCCAUAGAAAUUACAAUUGCUUUUGAGGGAGAGUACCCUCAGACUGCUGAUCUUAAGAGUGAACUUCAGGCUGCAUUUUAUUCCAUUGUAUUUCGUGAGCAUCAGGUACUUACCUCUGAACAGCCAGGAACAAUGCAAAUUGACAGGCCUCAGAGAUUACAAGUUAGCAAGGCUACCUCCAAAGAAAGGCUUUCACCAGUAGUAGAGACUGUGCGAUUAACUGAAAAUGCAGAAGCUUUUUUGGCACCUAAAACUCAAUCAGCUGCUCUGAAAACUGAAUCAACAACUACUUUCCAGUCUGUUAGUUUUCACAAAGAAUCUUUCAUGGAAGACUCAGGAAGGAGUGAAAUUAUGCAUAUGUCCACAGAGUCAAAAAUGGAAAUGAAGCAAUCUGUUCAUAUUGAUAAACAGGAAAUCAGUUUGGUGACAGUAAAAGGCCAAGCAAGAGAUGUAACAAGCAAAUUGCAAGAAGAAACAGUCAGGGAUGAUUACUCAGUUUUUGAAAGUACUUUAAAAGAUAUUACAAUUGAAGAACAUUCUAAAGCAACCUUUUCUGUAACUAUAAGACAUGUUUCAAAGGUCAAUUGGCUUUUUAAUGGGAAACCAAUUAAGUCUGGCAAAGAGUUCAAGUGUUCAAAAGACAGGGACACCUAUACUCUAGUAAUAGACAAAGUUAUCAAGAAUAAACAUGAAGGCGAAUUCACGUGCGAGGCCGUGAGUGAAGCUGGCACAACACGGACAUCUUCAAGGCUCACUGUAGUCUCAAGAGUGCCACCUGUUUUCAGGCAUAAAAUCCAUGCUCUGGAGACUAAUGUUGGCAGUCCUGCCAAAUUUGAAUGCGAGAUUGAAGAUGCUCCAAAUGUUAACUUCACAUGGUUCAAGUCUGGUUCUGAGAUCAGACAGAGUGACAAGUACAGAAUCAUCAGCUAUUCUACCACAUCAUCUCUGGAGCUUCUGAGUCCAACAAUAGCUGAUAGUGGAGAGUAUAUGUGCAAAGCUUUAAACCAACAUGGUAGCGACAGUUGCUCUGCUAACCUGACUGUGACAGAGGUUUUCCCUCCAGAAUUUGUGUCAAAGCCUGAACCGAUGACAUUAUUUGUGGGUAAACAAGCUAAAUUUCAGUGUGUCAUCACUGGUUCUGCACCACUGAAUGUUGUAUGGUACAAGGACAACAUUGCUAUUUUGCCCGAUGAGAAACAUAAAGUGUCUUUUGAGAAGAACAAGCAUUGUCUUGAGAUUAUGAAACUUGAGCAAAGUAAUCAGGGAACUUACCUUUGCAAAGCUUCGAACAGUGUUGGCAUGGCUACAUGCUGCACUGAAAUGAGAGUUAUUGACAAACCCAGUUUUGUGAAGACCUUUGAAACAACUUCUGUAGCUGUGGGUAACCCACUGCGACUUGAGUGUCAGGUAGAUGAAGAUACAGGUGUGACUAUCACUUGGACAAGGGAUGGCAAGAAACUCCAUAACACUAUGGAUAGCAAAAUUUCUUUUGAUGAGAAAGUCAUCAGCCUUGAUAUCCCAAAGGCCAAGAUAAAAGAUACUGGCACUUAUGUCUGCACUGCUACAAAUGAUGCUGGAAGCAGCAGCUGCUCUUCUGUGGUUAUGGUGAAAGAACCACCUGAAUUUGUACAGAAACUUCCAGCAACAAAAUUUCUAAAGAUGGGCUUGCCACUCCGACUUGAAUGCAAAGUUACUGGCACGCCACCUUUGAAAAUUAGCUGGUUCAAAAAUGACAACAUGGUCACUGAGAGUAAAAACAUGAUGAUGGCUUUCGAUGGCUCAAUGGCAGUGCUUGAGAUUCUAAGCACCUCCUGUGAUGAUGAUGGAGUGUACACCUGUGAAGUUCAGAAUGAUGCAGGAAUGAAGAGCUGCAGCACCACUCUCACAGUAAAAGAACCACCAACUUUCCAGAAAGUGCCCUCACCAGCUGAGGGGCUGAAAGGCAAAGAUGUCAGUCUUAACUGUGAGCUAAAAGGACAUACACCAUUUGAGAUAACCUGGUUUAAAGACAAAACACAACUAAAGGAAAGUAGAAAGUAUAAAUUUGUGUCUGAAGGACACACUGCGACGCUACACAUUCUUGGACUGGAGGCAUCAGAUGCUGGUGAUUAUGAAUGCAAAGCCUCAAACAAUGUAGGAAGUGAUACCUGCCAAGGAAUGGUAAAACUCAGAGAACCACCGGUUUUUGUCAAGAAACUUACCAAUAUAACAGCCAAAUCUGGUGAGGAGGUUACUCUGGUGGCAACUGUCAAAGGCUCUGAGCCAAUCAGUGUGUCUUGGGUACAGGACAAGGACCAUAUUCUUAGAGAUGGUGACAACAGAAAAAUUACUUUUGAAAAUAAACAGAUAACACUGAGGAUCUUUAAAGCGGAUUCAACCACUGCUGGGAAGUAUACCUGUGAGAUUAAAAAUGAUGCUGGCGUGGCACAUUGCAUGGCAAAUAUAACUGUUCUAGAACCUGCAGCCAUUUUGGAUAAGACAGAUUCUGUAAGUGUCACUGCCGGCGACACAGCGGUUUUAGAAUGCACUAUAUCUGGAACCCCAGAGCUUAAACCAAAAUGGUAUAAAGAUGGAAAGGAGCUGUCUUCUGGACAGAAAUACAAAAUCACGUUCUCCAAAAAGAUAUGCAGUCUUAAGCUGUUGUCGACAAAUCAAGGUGAUACUGGAGAGUAUACUUUUGAAGUCUCAAAUGAAGUUGGAAGUGAUAGUUGCAAGAUGCACCUUGGUGUUGUAGAUAAAAUUAUCCCUCCCACAUUCUCAAGAAAAUUGAAGGAUAUGCACAGUAUUGUUGAGAAACCUGUUGAACUGGAUUGCAAGGUCUCGGGUUCUGCACCUCUUACAAUUUCAUGGUAUCACAAUGGCAAGGAGAUUGAGAGUGGGCCAAACUAUGAAAUUAGUUUUGCUGAGAAUACCUGCACGCUCAAACUGUCCAUUCUAAAACUGUCCGACGCAGGUUCAUACAAAUGUAAAGCAAUUAACAGUGCUGGAACUGCUGAGACUACUGCCUUUCUUGAUGUUAAAGAACCUCCUUCUUUUGUGGUGCCCCCUCAGCCAGUUGAGGCACUUCCUGGAUCAAAUGUCACAUUUACUGCAACUGUGAGAGGAAGUGCCCCAUUAAGGGUAAAGUGGUUCAGGGGCAGUAAGGAGAUUAUAUCUAGCGGAGCCUGUGUGAUUACUCUCAAAGGAGACAUAGCUACACUGGAACUCCUUCAAAUUGACAAAUCUCAUUCAGGAGAAUACACCUGUCAAGUUAUUAAUGAUGUUGGGAAGGAAAACUUCCCUGUGAAUCUUUUUGUCAAAGAAGCUGCACGCUUUGUCAAAAAGCUGAAAAACAUCUCUGUUGAAGUGGGCAAGUCAAUGAUACUUGAAUGCACAUAUGCUGGAAGCCCUAAAAUCCUGGUGAAGUGGCACAAAGAUGGCCAGGAGAUCUUUUCCUCUUAUAGAUACAAUAUUACUACUACUGAGAACUCCUGCAUCUUGGAGUGCCUCAACAGUGAUAAAGACGCAGGAGGAAAAUACUUAUGUGAAGUUUCCAAUGAAGCUGGCUCUGACACCUGUGAAGCAACAGUGUCCAUUUUAGAGCCACCAUUCUUUAUUGAGACUUUGGAACCAAUGGAAGUGACUGCGGGUGAUGCAGUCUGUCUGAAAUGCCAGAUUGGGGGCACUCCUGACAUCAAAGUCUCCUGGUUCAAAGGAGAUGGCAAAGUUCGAUCUUCUCCAAACUGUAAAAUUGAGUACUCCAAAGGUGUAGCUUGUUUGAAAUUAGCCAAAGCCACCAAAGCUGACAUUGGAGAAUACACUUGUAAGGCAGAAAACAACAUCGGCUCUGCCGCUUCUAGCUGCCACUUAACUGUACAAGAGGCCAAGACACCACCAUCUUUCCCUAAGAAAAUUACUAGCAUUCAGCAAACUGUAGGCCGUAGUGUCCAGUUUGAGUGCCGUGUUGCGGGAUCAUCUCCACUGGAGAUUUCUUGGCUUAAAGAUGGAGAAGUUCUAAAGAGCAGCCCAGAGUAUACUAUGACAUUUGAUGAUAAUUCUGCUGUACUGAGAAUUGCAGAGGGAGAAAUGAGACAUUCUGGAGAAUACACUUGUGUUGCAACAAAUAUUGUUGGAACUGCAUCUUGUAGAGCCAAACUCACACUUCAAGAGCCAAGAUACCCACCUGUGUUUGAUAGGAAGCUUUCACCCAUGGAUGUUUUAGUUGGAAAUACUGUGCAGUUGGAAUGCCACAUGACUGGAUCAUUGCCUAUAAAAGUCACCUGGUCAAAGGAUCAUAAAGAUAUCCGCACAGGGGGCAAUUAUAAAAUAUCAUGUGUGGAUAACACUGCCCAACUGACUAUACUGAAAGCAGAUAAGGCUGACUCGGGCCACUAUUCUUGCCAUGCUAGCAAUGAUAUGGGGAAGGACUCUUGCUCAACAGAGGUCACUGUGAAAGAACAAAAGAUUCCACCAAGUUUUACCAAAAAACCUUCAGAAACCCUUGAGGAAACUCAGGGCAAGUUGGUGAAGAUUGAGGCACGUGUUGCUGGAUCACAGCCCAUAACUGUCAACUGGUAUAAGGAUGACAAAGAAAUCUUCAGCUCUGACAGAUAUGACAUGACCUUUAAAAGCAGCAUGGCUGUGAUGGUGAUAAAGAGUACCUCAGUCUCAGAUAGUGGUACUUAUACAUGCAAAGUCACCAACGAUGCUGGUUCUGCUUCUUGCCAGCUUUUGGCUAAUAUAACAGAGCGGAAGGUACCCCCAAGCUUUGACUUGACCCUUAAACCCGUGACACUAAAUGAGGGUGAGACACUUUCUCUUAGCUGCCAUGUACGUGGCUCUACACCAAUGAAAAUUGAGUGGAUGAAGGACAGAAGGGAAUUGACGUCCUCUGCCAACACCAGGAUCAGUUUUGAAGAUGGCUCAGCUACACUAGAAAUGCUCAAUGUGUCUAAAACAGAUGCAGGAGAUUACCUCUGUAAGGCAACCAAUGAAGUUGGUAGUGAGUUCUGCAAGUCCAGAGUUACUAUCAAAGAGAAGCCAAAAGCUCCUGCUCCAGCUCCAGCACCCGCAGUACCUGCAGCUCGUGAACCAGCUAAGAAAUUGGACAAUUUGUUCUUCAUCGAGGAACCCAAGGGUGUCCAUAUCACUGAGAAGGGCACUGCAACCUUCAUCGCCAAGGUUGGCGGUGAUCCCAUUCCUAGUGUGAAAUGGAUGAAGGGCAAAUGGAGGCAGAUGACCCAUGGUGGUCGCAUUGCCAUUGUGCAGAAGGACCAAGAUGCCAAAUUGGAAAUCAGAGAUGUGACUAAAUCUGAUGCUGGACAGUAUAGAUGUGUAGCAUCAAACAAACAUGGAGAAAUCGAAUCCAGCACUGAUCUGGCUGUUGUUGAGAAAAAAGAAAUUACACCUGAAAUGGUCACAUUGAAGAAGACACCUUCCAAACAAAAAAGCCCCAAAGAGGAGAAGGACAUUGAUAUUGUUGAGCUGCUCAGAAAUGUGGACCCCAAAGAGUAUGAGAAAUAUGCACGCAUGUACGGUAUCACAGACUACCGUGGCCUUCUUCAAGCCAUUGAAAUGCUAAAGAAGGAGAAAGAAGAACAACAAAUUGCAAGACCUGAACUGGAACAUACAAGAAGAGAAUCAGAAGAAGAGGAUCUAUCAACACUUGUGGCUGAUUUAAAGAAGAGAAUGGAGCAAACUGAGCCUGUAACACUGAUCAAGGACAUCACAGACCAGACUACAGUUGUCAACAAAGAGGCCGUGUUUGAAUGUGAGAUAAAAAUCAACUACCCAGAGAUAACGUUAUCUUGGUACAAAGGCACCCAAAAACUUGAUUCAAGUGACAAGUAUGAGAUUACUGUUGUUGGUGACCGACACAUCUUAAAGAUCAAGAAUUGCCAGAUCCGGGAUGAGGGCAGUUAUCGCAUUGUAUGUGGACCACAUAUCUCCAGUUCCAAAUUGACAGUGUUGGAAGGUGAAGUGGAAAAGCACAUGGAGGAUGUCACUGGUAAGGAAGGCCAAACUAGUACACUCACAUGCCAGUUCUCUAUACCAAAUGCAAAGGCCCAGUGGUUUAGAAAUGGAAAGAUUUUAGAGCCACAUGGCAGGUACACAUAUUCUGUGGCCAAUUACACUCAAAAGCUAUCAAUUAAAGAUGUUAGGCCUGAAGACCAAGGAGAAUAUACCUGCAAAUAUAAAAACCUUGAAUCAACUGCAAAUCUUUGGGUGGAAGCAGAGCAAAUACAUUUCACUAAACGCAUCCAGAACAUUGUGGUUCGGGAACGACAGUCUGCAACAUUUGAAUGUGAAGUGUCCUUUGACAAUGCAAUUGUAACAUGGUAUAAGGACAUAUGGGAGCUAAAAGAAAGCCCCAAGUACAUGUUCAGGAGCGAAGGUCGACGACACUUUAUGAUCAUCCGCAAUGUAACCUCAGAAGAUGAAGGCGUUUAUUCAGUGAUUGUCAGAUUGGAACCCAGGGGCGAAGCCAAAAGCACAGCAGAACUUUACCUCUCAGGGAAAGACAUUGAUGUAGGAAGGGUACCUUAUGAUAUUCCUGAUUCAUCAAUACAAGUCCCUGAAGCACCAUCUGCAUUUGCAGUUGAAGCUGAAUCAUCUAUUGAAUAUUAUCAUUAUGAAGAAAAGAUGGAAAUUCAAGAGUAUGAAUACAGAACAGAAGAAAGGAUAGUAGAGGAAAUUUCUCUUACAGCUCCAAGAAUUCCUGUGGAAGAGACUGUUGAGAGGAAGGCACUUGGAGUGAGAGAAGUUGUCCCAAUCAAAGAUGGUGAAAAAGAACCAGUUGCUGCACCUGCACCCACACCAGUGAAAAAAGAGGGAAAACCAAAAGAAGAGGCCGGGAGGGGACGGGGCCUGAAACCAAAACAAACUCCUUCUCCUGGAGAUGGUGGACGAGGAAGAGGACUGAAACCUGGUGCUGGUGGUGACAAACCUCCAGGACAAUCCCCAUUUGAAUACACGCUUAAAGCUGUUCCUCUGAAGUUUGUAAAGGAGCUUAAAGACAUUGUGUUGCAGGAGGCUGAGUCUAUUGGUUCCUCUGCUGUGUUUGAGUGCCAGGUUUCUCCUUCUACUGCUAUAACUUCAUGGAUGAAAGAUGGAAGUAACCUUAGGGAGAGUCCAAAGCACAAGUUUACUUCUGAUGGAAAAGACCGCAAACUGGCAAUUAUUGAUGUCCAGCUGUCUGACACAGGAGAAUACACAUGUGUUGCCAAGCUUGGAAAUAAAGAGAAGACCUCCCUUGCCAAAUUAAUUGUUGAAGAGUUGCCUGUGAGAUUCACAAAGAACCUGGAAGAGGAAAUGUCUGUAAUUAAAGGGCAGCCCAUGUACUUGACUUGUGAGUUAAGCAAAGACAGGGAUGUGCUUUGGAAGAAGGACGGAAAACCACUUUCAGAAAUUGCUGGCAAGCUUGCCAUCAGUGUCAUUGGACUGCAACGUUCUGUAACAAUCCAGGAUUCAAAUGAUGACGAUGCUGGAGUUUACACAUGCGAGUGUGAAAAUCUCAAGACUCAGUCCAAUGUUAAAAUCAUUGAGAUCAUCAGAGACUGGUUGGUGAGACCACUAAGGGACCAGCAUGUGAAACCAAAGGCCACUGCUACUUUCAAAUGCGAGCUCGUCAAAGACACUCCCAACUGGAAGUGGGUCAAAGGGAAUGAAGAUAUUCCAAAUGAACCCACAGAUAAGACUGAAGUCAAAAAGGAUGGAAAAGACAUCACUCUGACUAUUAAGAAUGCUCAACCAGAUGAUGCUGAUGAGUAUGCUAUUGAAGUUGAAGGUCGUAGAUACCCGGCAAAACUGACACUUGGAGAACGUGAAGCUGAGAUCCUAAAACCCCUUGCAAGCGUUGAAGUGGUUGAAAAAGAAGAGGCCAGUUUUGAUACUGAAAUCUCUGAGGAAGAUGUGCCUGGAGAAUGGAAACUUAGAGGGCAGAUUUUAACAAGAUCGCCAACAUGUGAUAUCAGAGCAGAGGGAAAGAAGCGUUUCCUUACUUUGAAAAAUGUUCAGCUCGAUCAGGCGGGAGAAGUAACGUAUCAAGCUCUGAAUGCAAUCACAAGUGCAAUGCUUACAGUCAAAGAAAUUGAAAUGGACUUUGUAGUACCACUGAAGGAUAUUACAGUGCCUGAAAAGAAACAAGCAAAGUUUGAGUGUACCAUCACUAAAGAUGUGUCUAAAGUGAUUUGGUAUAGAGGAUCUGAUAUUAUAUCAGCAGACCAGAAAUAUGAUAUAAUUGAUGAUGGAAAGAAGCACAUGUUGGUUAUAAACCACGCUGAGUUUGAUGAUGAGGGAGAUUACAGUAUUGAGGUCUUAAGCAAAACAUCAACAGCCAAACUGACUGUUGAGGGUAUUAGACUGAAGUUUAUCUCACCAAUGUCGGAUCAAACUGUGAAGGAAGGUAAUACUGCUCGGUUUGAGAUUGAGCUUUCUCAUGAAAAUGUGCCAGUGACAUGGUACAAAAAUGAAACUAAAUUGCAUCCGAGCAGAACAGUGCUUACCCAUGUUGAUGGAAAAAGAUAUAUAUUAGAAAUCAAAGAAGUCACACUAGAUGAUACUUGCCAAAUAAAGGCAGAGGCUAAAGGAAUAUCAACUACAGCAAACCUGACCGUCUUAGAGAGAGAUGCAUACUUCACAGUUAAACUUCAAGACUACACUGCAGUUGAGAAAGAUGAUGUCUCUCUUGACUGUGAGCUGAGCAAAGAUGUCCCGGUCAAGUGGUUCCAUAAUGAGAUUGAAAUUAAGGCCUCAAAGAUGGUUUCCAUGAAGGUUGAGGGUAACCGAAGAAUUCUCCACAUUAAGAAAGUGGAGAACAAAGAUAGUGGCCAUUAUGUUUGUGACUGUGGAACAGACAAAACAAUGGCCACUAUGAACAUUGAAGCCCGUGACAUUAAGAUUGUUCGUCCCAUGUAUGGUGUUGAGCUCUAUGAUGGUGAAACUGCACGUUUUGAAGUGGAACUCUCGGAGGAUGAUGUUCAUGGCCAGUGGAAAUUGAAAGGAGAGGUUCUGUCUCAGUCACCGGAUGUUGAAAUAAUUGAGGAUGGCGCUAAGCACACUUUAACUUUGUACAACUGCAAAGUUCCCCAGACAGGUGAAGUUUCAUUCCAGGGUGCCAAUGCUAAGUGUGCUGCAAAUCUGAAAGUGAAAGAGCUUCCAAUUUCUUUCCUCACACCGUUAAGUGAUGUGCAGGUAUAUGAGAAAGAUGAAGCAAGGUUUGAGUGUGAAAUAUCACGAGAACCAAAAUCCUUCAGGUGGCUGAAGGGAACCCAGGAAUUACAGGCAGAUGAUAAAUUUGACAUUCUGACAGAGGGGAAAAGGCACACUCUUGUUGUCAAAUCUGCUGCUUUUGAAGAUGAGGCUAAAUACAUGUUUGAGGCUGAGGACAAGAGAACAUCUGCCAAACUUAUUAUUCAAGGCAUUCGUCUUGAGUUUGUCAAGCCUAUCAAGGAUGUUACAGUAAAGGAGCGCGAGACAGCAGAAUUCAGCAUUGAACUUUCACAUGAGAAAGUUCAGGUAAUAUGGUACAAAAAUGAUGUGCGCUUGCACCCAAGUAAAGUGGUACACAUGUCUGAAGAUGGCAAGAUCCACACUCUGUCCAUCAAGGAGGUGUCAAUUGAUGAUACUUCUUUGAUCAAAGCAGAGGCCCUUGGAAAAAGCUGUGAGGCAAUGCUCACGGUGCUUGAGGGAGAAGCUUAUUUCACUACCAAGCUACAGGACUACACAGCAGUAGAGAAAGAUGAGGUAGUGUUGAUGUGUGAACUGAGCAAACCCUCUGCUGAGGUGAAAUGGUUCAAGGAUGGAAAGGAAAUUAUCCCCUCCAAAAAUAUCAUCAUCAAGGCUGAUGGAAAGAAACGUACUCUUACAGUUAAGAGGGCUGAUAAGGGAAAUAUUGGUCAAUAUACCUGUGAUUGUGGCACUGACAAAACAACUGCUAAGCUGAAUAUUGAAGAUCGUGAUAUAAAGGUUGUACGGCCACUGUACAGUGUGGAAGUUACAGAGACUGAGACUGCUCGCUUUGAGACAGAGAUUUCAGAGGAAGAUGUCCAUGGAAACUGGAAACUCAAAGGAGAGCCUUUGCACCAGUCACCGGACUGUGAGAUUAAAGAAGAAGGCACCAAACACAUGCUGAUUCUCUACAAUGUACGGAAGGACAUGGCUGGUGGUGUGGACUUCAGUGCUGCCAAUGCUAAAUCUAGUGCUCAGCUCAGAGUUAAAGCACGAGUGAUAGGCCUCAUACGGCCUCUCAGGGAUGUUACAGUUACAGCUGGAGAGACGGCAACCUUUGACUGCGAACUGUCAUACGAGGGCAUAUCUGUGGAGUGGUUCCUUGGGGGUACAAAGCUGGAACCAAGCGACAGAGUGGUAGCCCGAGCUGAAGGCAGAACCCACACGUUGACCCUAAGAGAUGUCAAACUGACAGAAGCAGGAGAGGUAAAACUCACUGCAAAAGAUUUCCAAAUCCAGGCCAACCUCAUUGUAAAAGAGCCUCCAGUCGAAUUCACCAAGCCACUUGAGGACCAGACUGUAGAGGAAGAAGCUACUGCUAUACUAGAGUGUGAAGUCUCCAAAGAAAAUGCAGAGGUCAGGUGGUUUAGAGAUGGACAGGAAAUCCGUAAAACAAAGAAAUAUGAGAUGGUUGCUGAUGGCCGCAAGAGAAAGCUUAUCAUCCAUGACUGUGCACUUGAUGACUCAAAGACAUAUACCUGUGAUGCCAAAGUCUUUAAGACCUCUGCUUUUCUAAAUGUUGAACCUCCACAUGUUGAGUUCACUAAACCACUCCAUGAUGUUGAGGUAAUGGAGAAAGAAACUGCCAAGUUUGAGUGUGAGGUUUCCAGAGAAAAUGCCAAGGUUCGCUGGUUCAAGGAUGGUAAUGAAAUCAGGAAAGGCAAAAAAUAUGAUAUAAUUUCCAAAGGUGUUCAACGCAUUCUCAUCAUUAGCAAGUCAGUGUUUGAUGAUGAAGCUGAAUAUGAAUGCGAUGCAAGGACCUCCAAGACCUCAGGAAUACUUACUGUUGUUGAGGAGGAGGCUAGAUUCACAAAGAACCUGGGUAAUGUUGAAGGCACUGAAACUGACAGUGUUAAACUGAUCUGUGAGGUCUCCAAGUCCAGUGCAGAGGUUACCUGGUAUAAAGGUGACCAGGAAUUGCCUGACGGUGGUAGAUAUGAACAUGUUGCAGAUGGCAGAAAGAGAAUCCUUAUUAUCCAGGCACUUCAUAUGGAAGAUGCUGGAGAAUACCACUGCAAAUUGCCCAGCUCACAAACUACAGGAAACUUGAGAAUCAAUGAACUUGCUGCUGAGUUCAUCUCCAGACCUCAAAGCCAGGAAGUGGUUGAAGGUGAAAAAGCUGAGUUUGUGUGCUCUGUGUCCAAAGACUCUUAUGAAGUCAAAUGGCUCAAGGGUGACAAAGAACUCCAGACAGAUGACAAGUAUGAAAUUAUUUCUGAUGGCAAGAGACGAGUCCUUGUAGUGAAGAAAUGUGAGCUUGGUGAUGAAGGCACUUUUGUGGCUCUUAUUGGUGCUACAAGAGCUUCUGCCGAUUUGAUAGUCCUUGAGAAACUCAGAGUUAUCACACCCCUCAAGGACACAACAGCAAGUGAAGCACAAGAGAUUGUUCUCAACUGUGAGGUGAACACAGAAGAAGCCAAGGCCAAAUGGAUGAAGAAUGACGAAACGAUAUUUGAUAGCAGCAAAUUUAUCAUGACCCAGAAAUACAAUGUGUAUUCUUUAAGAAUUAAAGAUGCUGAAAGGUCAGAUGCAGCUACUUACACUAUAACGCUGACCAAUCAACGCAAUGAGUGUGUCAAGAGUUCUGCCAAGAUCACUGUACAGGAGGAGGAUCUGAAAAUCAUUGUUCCUCUGGAGGAUGUUGAAACACAGGAGAAGAAGACCAUCAGCUUCUCAUGUAAAGUAAACAGACUAAAUGUGACUGUGCAGUGGAUGAAGGCAGGACAGGAGAUUACACUCAGUAAGCGUCUUGUGUAUCGUGUUGACAAGGAUAAGCACACUUUGACCAUUAAAGACUGUAGUCUGGCAGAUGAAGGGGAGUACUCGGUCAUUGCUGGUGCUGAUAAGUCAACUGCUGAAUUGAUUAUCAGUGAAGCACCUACAGAUUUUAUCACCCAACUCGAAGACCAAACAAUUACCGAAUUUGAAGAUGCUGAAUUUACCUGCCAACUCUCUAAAGAAAAGGCAGAAAUCAAAUGGUACAGAGAUGGCAGAGAGAUCAGAGAGGGUCCACGAUAUCAGUUUGAGCGUGAUGGAAAGACCUGCACACUACGCAUUAAGGAGUGCAGACCUGAUGAUGAAUGUGAAUAUGCUUGUGGUGUAGAUGACAAAAAAUCAAGGGCUCGUCUCUUUGUUGAAGAAACACCUGUCGAGAUUAUCAGACCACCCAUCGAUAUAUUUGAGCCCCCUGGCUCAGAUGUGGUGUACGAGGUUGAGCUCAACAAAGACAGAGUAGAAGUCAAAUGGCUAAGGAACAACAUGACUAUUGUCCAGGGUGACAAAUACCAAAUGAUGAGUGAAGGCAAGAUUCACAGACUUCAAGUAUGUGAAAUUAGACCUCGUGAUCAGGGAGAGUACAGAGUUAUUGCUAAAGACAAGGAUGCAAAAGCCAAGCUUGAGCUUGCAGCUGUGCCAAAGAUUAAGACAAUGGACCAGGACCUGGUGACAGAUGCUGGGAAACCAUUUAUCAUGUCAGUUCCAUAUAAUGCCUACCCACAUGCUGAGGCUGAAUGGUUCUUUGAAAACAUUAGCAUGCCUACUGAAAAUCUUCAUACCACACUGGACAAAGCAGAGUACCGUUUGAAGGACCCUAAGAAGUCAGAUGAGGGCCGGUAUAAGGUCAUUAUCAAGAACAAGCAUGGGCAGGGAGAGGCUUUCAUUAAUCUAAAAGUUAUUGAUGUUCCUGGCCCUGUGAAGAACCUGCAUGUGGUUGAUACUGCUGAUGGAGAGGUCAGCAUUGCAUGGGAUGAGCCUGAAAGUGAUGGUGGAAGCAAGAUCUUAGCCUAUGUUGUGGAGAGACGUGAUGUCAAACGAAAAACCUGGACUCUGGCGACUGACCGUGCUGAUACCACAGAGUACACAGUCACUGGGCUACAGAAAGACUCCAAGUACUUUUUCCGUGUUUGUGCAUACAACAGAGUUGGAAGUGGUCCGAAUGUUGAAACACAUGAAGCGGUUCAAGCUAAGAAUAAGUUUGACGUUCCUGAUGCACCUCAAAAUGUCACUGUUGGAAAUGUAAAUAAGUUUGGUGCCACAGUCUCCUGGGAACCACCUCUGUUUGAUGGUGGAUCUGAAAUCACAUCCUACAUUAUUGAACUCCGUGACAGAACAUCUGUGAAAUGGUCUCCAGUCAUGGUGACUAAAGCACAAGAUCGUUCAGCUAUAAUUAAUGAUGUGAUUGAAAACAAGGAAUACAUCUUCCGUGUAAGAGCAGAGAACAAGGCUGGUCCUGGCAAGCCAAGUGCUGCCACUAACCCAGUUCAAAUCAUGGACCCCAUAGAGAGACCAAGCCCACCCCUGAAUCUGACACAUUCUGAACAGACCAAGGAUUCAUGUCUGCUGACAUGGGAAACCCCUCUUAGAAAUGGAGGCAGUAUGAUCACUGGCUAUAUUAUUGAGAGAUGUGAGGAAGAUUCAGACAAGUGGCUGAGAUGUAAUGCCAGGCUUUGCCAGGACCUCUCAUACAGGAUGUCAGGUCUUAAAUUUGGAAAGAAAUAUAAGUACAGAGUAAUUGCUGAGAACGCUGCUGGUCAGUCUGACCCAUCUAAUACUGUUGGACCUGUGCUGGCAGAUGACCCACACUUUGCACCUACACUGGACUUGAGUGCCUUUAAGGAUGGCCUGGAGGUCAUUGUUCCUCAGCCUCUUGCUAUUCGUGUCCCCAUCACUGGAUACCCAACACCUACUGCUAAGUGGACCUUUGGUGAAAAGGAGCUCACUGCUGGUGACCGUGUGUCCAUGGUCACAAAGAGCACAUUUACAGAGCUAGUCGUUUCUCCAAGUGUGCGACCUGAUAAAGGCACAUAUUCUCUGACACUGGAGAACGAUGUAAGCAGUGUCUCUGGAGAGAUUGAUGUCAAUGUCAUUGCAUGUCCAAGUGCACCCAAGGACUUUAAGGUUGCAGAAGUAACUAGAAAACAUGUGCAUCUUAUGUGGGAAGCACCAGACCAUGAUGGAGGCAGUCCACUGACUGGCUAUCAGGUUGAGAAGCGUGAAGUGUCCAGAAAGACAUGGGUUAAGGUUAUUAGUGGUGUGCAAGACCAGGAAUACACCAUCACAGAUGUGAUUGAGGGCAAGGAGUACUUGUUUAGAGUUAUUGCCUGCAACAAGUGUGGCCCAGGAGAGCCUGCAUACAUUGAUGAUCCUGUAAAUGUGUCCUCACCAGCCACUGUUCCAGAUCCACCAGAGUAUCUUAAAUGGAGAGACAAAUCAUCCAGUAAAAUAUUCCUUUCCUGGGAACCUCCAAAAUGGGAUGGUGGUGCUCCAAUAAAAGGGUACAUUGUUGACAAAUGCCAGCGUGGCACUGACAAGUGGGAGCCAUGUGGAGAACCAAUGCCUGAUCUCAAGCUUGAGGUAACUGGUCUGAUAGAGGGACAGUGGUAUGCGUAUCGUGUAAGGGCCUUGAACAGACUAGGCGCAGGUAGACCUAGUAAGGCAACUGAUGAGAUCUUGGCUGUUGAUCCUAAAGAACCUCCAGAAAUUCACUUGGAUGCAAAACUCCUGGCAGGCUUAACUGCAAAGGCUGGUACAAAGAUUGAACUUCCUGCAGACAUAACAGGCAAACCAGAACCUAAAGUCAAAUGGACCAAGGCUGACCUUAUCCUUAAGGAAGAUGACAGAAUAUCUAUUGAUACCAAGCCUGGUCACUCCACUGUGUCAAUUGCUAAGACAAAAAGGGAUGACUCAGCAACAUACAUUAUUGAAGCAGUUAACAGCAGUGGCCGUGCAACUGCAACUGUUGAUGUCAACAUUCUAGAUAAGCCUGGCCCUCCAGCUGCCUUUGAUAUAUCUGAAAUUACCAAUGAUUCCUGUUUACUGGCCUGGAAUCCACCCAGAGAUGAUGGAGGCUCAAAGGUGACGAACUACAUUGUUGAAAGAAGGGCUACAGACAGUGAAAUCUGGUACAAGCUGUCUUCAACUAUAAAGCAGACCAACUACAAAGCGACCAAGCUUGUGACUUUCAAAGAAUAUAUCUUUAGAGUUUAUGCUGAGAAUCAAUUUGGCAUCGGUCCACCAGCUGAACAUGCUCCAAUUAUUGCUAAAUAUUCCUUUGAUCCACCUGGACCUCCAUACAAACUUGAGGCAUCAGAUAUUUCUAAGGAUGCUGUAACUCUGACCUGGAUUGAGCCUGAUGAAGAUGGAGGAAGUCCCAUCACUGGCUACUGGGUUGAGCGUUUUGAGCCAGAUGCUGAUAAGUGGAUAAAAUGCAAUAAAAUACCAGUCACAGAUACUAAUUUGAGAGUAAAAGGAUUGCCCACGAGGAGGAAGUGUAAGUUCCGUGUCUUGGCUGAAAAUCUUGCUGGACCAGGCAAACCAAGCAAAGAGACUGACCAGAUCAUGAUCAAGGAUCCUAUCGAUCCUCCAUGGCCUCCUGGCAAACCUACUGUUAAGGAUGUUGCAAAGACAUCUGCUUUCCUUCAAUGGACAAAGCCUGAGCAUGAUGGUGGUGCUAAGAUUGAGUCCUACGUUAUAGAACUUCUCAAGAGUGGAACUGAUGAGUGGGUUCGUGUGGUAGAUGGUAUACCUGCUGUUGAAUAUUUUCUAAAGGGAUUAAUGGAGAAGCAGGAAUACUCCUUCCGUGUCAGAGCUGUCAAUGCAGCAGGCGAGAGUGAACCUAGUGAACCUAGUACUCCUGUUCUUUGCAAGGAGAGACUCAAUCCUCCAUCACCACCAAGAUGGCUGGAGGUGGUUAGUAUUUCCCGUAACAAUGCCGAACUAAAGUGGACAGCCCCAGAAAGAGAUGGUGGUUCUCCAGUUACAAAUUAUAUUGUGGAAAAGAGAGAUGUGAGACGCAAAGGCUGGCAAGCUGUGGAUACCACAGUGAAGGAACUGAUAUAUACUGUCACUCCACUGAAUGAAGGCUCUCUCUAUGUAUUCCGUGUGGCAGCUGAGAAUGCUGUUGGAACUAGUGAAUACUGUGAACUUGUUGACUCAGUUCUGGCAAAAGACACAUUCACUACUCCUGGACCACCUUAUGCUCUGACAGUCACCGAUGUCUCAAAGACACAUGUUGAUCUUAAAUGGGAGGCACCUAAGAAUGAUGGGGGCAGACCUAUCUUAAGGUAUGUCAUUGAGAAAAAAGAGAAACUUGGAACUCGCUGGGUUAAAUCUGGAAAAACAUCAGGUCCUGACUGCAAGUACAGGGUCACUGAUGUCAUCGAAGGCACUGAGGUACAGUUCCAGGUCCUUGCUGAGAAUGAGGCUGGGGUUGGUCACCCAAGCGAACCUACAGACAUUGUUGUAGUUGAGGAACCAACAGGUCCACCAUCUCCACCUCAGGAUCUCCAUAUCACUGAGGCAGCCAGGGACCAUAUCUCUAUUGCAUGGAAAGCUCCAGAAAGAAAUGGAGGAAGUCCGGUCACUGGAUACCACAUUGAGCUUUGUGAGGCUGGAACAGAAAAGUGGAUGAGAGUUAACUCUCGUCCAGUUAAAGAACUGAAAUACAGGGCUGGAGCGGAGGAAGGCAUUGUUCCUGAGAAGAACUACAUUUUCAGAGUCCGUGCUGUCAAUUCUGUUGGUGCCAGUGAACCAUCUGACAUCUCUGAGAGUGUAUAUGCUAAAGACUCUGACUGCAAACCGGCUAUUGAUUUCCAGACCAAGGACAUUGUUGUUGUGGAGGGUGAGAAGAUGCACCUCCCAAUUCCAUUUAAAGCUGUUCCAUCACCUAGGAUCACAUGGCACAAAGAUGGCAAAGAGAUGAAAGCUGAUGAGAGAAUCUUAAUGACAUCAGAUUACAUUUCCUGCCACCUGGAAAUUCCAAGUUGCCUGCAUGCUGAUGCCGGCCAAUACAAAGUUACCCUGGAAAACAGCAUUGGUGCAAUUAGUGGGACUAUCAAUGUUAAAGUUAUUGGUCUUCCUGGGCCAUGCAAGGAAAUUGUUGCUAGUGAUAUCACCAAGAACUCUUGCAAAGUGACUUGGGAACCUCCAGACUAUGAUGGAGGCAGUCCUAUCCUUCACUAUGUCCUGCAGCGCAGAGAAGCAGGCAGGAGAACAUAUGUCAAUGUCAUGUCUGGUGAGAACAAACUGAGCUGGCCUGUCAAGGACCUCAUCCAAAACGGAGAGUACUAUUUCCGUGUCAGAGCAGUGAAUAAAAUUGGUGGUGGAGAGUUCAUAGAGCUUCGCAAUCCUGUAAUUGCUGAGGAUCAGAAACAUCCCCCUGAUCCUCCUGUUGAUGUUGAGACUCACAACCCUUCUUCUAAAUCUGUGACUCUAACUUGGAAGCCACCCAUGUAUGAUGGGGGAUGCAAGAUCAUGGGUUACAUUCUAGAGAAGAUGAUGAAAGGAGAAGAAAAAUUUGAAAGAUGCAAUGACUUCCUUGUGCCAGUAUUGUCCUACACCGUUAAAGGCUUGAGACCAGAAAAGGAGUAUCAGUUCCGUGUUCGUGCAGAGAAUGCUGCAGGCAUUAGUGAGCCUUCUCGUACCACUCUUAUGGUCAAAGCCACUGAUACAAUUGAUCGUCCUAAAGUGUUCCUUAGUGGCAGUUUGCAAUCAGGGUUAAGUGUUAAGAGGGGUGAGGAAAUCCGAUUAACUGCCUACAUUUCUGGUUACCCUUACCCGGAAAUAACAUGGAUGAGAAAUAAUUCAACUAUUAGGCCAGAGGCACUGAAGAAGAGACCAGAAAGGCCUAUUAGAAGGAAAAAGGAAAAGAAGGCUGAGGAAGAAAAAAUAGAAGACACAGAGAAAAAGGAGGAGAAGACAACAGAGGAACAUGACAAGAAGGAGGAAGAAAAGAAAGAGGAAGAGGACAAAGAGAAACCAAAGGAGCCAGAGGAACCAGAAGAGCCAGAGGAGGAAUACCACCCAACACUAAAUGAGCGUCUUACAAUUGAUAAUUCAAGGAAGGGUGAAUCCUACGUUCUUGUGAAAGAUACUAUCAGAGGCGAUCAUGGUGUUUUCACUAUCAAGGUGGAGAAUGAUCAUGGUGUUGCUUCUGCCACCUGUGAAGUUAAUGUUCUUGAUACUCCUGGACCUCCAGUCAACUUCAAGUUUGAGGAGGUCAGGAAGGAUUCUAUCCUCUGCAAGUGGGAACCUCCUCUAGAUGAUGGUGGCAGUGAGGUCAUAAAUUAUGUAUUGGAGAAGAAGGACAACUCCAAGAUUGAAACUGGAUGGGUCACUGUGACAUCAACUCUCAGGGGUUGCAAGUACCCAGUGACAAAACUGAUCGAAUCAAAAGAGUAUAUUUUCAGAGUUACUGCUGAGAAUAGAUUUGGUCCUGGAAAACCAUGUAUCUCCAAACCUGUUAUUGCAAAGAACCCAUUUGAUCCCCCUGAGGCACCUGAGAAACCAGAAAUCAUUGACAUUACAGCUAACAGCAUGGUUGUUACUUGGAAUGAACCCAAUGAUAAUGGAAGCCCCAUCCAAGGAUACUGGGUAGAAAAACGAGAAAUUAACAGUACACACUGGGCAAGAGUUAAUCGCAACAUCAAUGAUGCACUGGAAAUUAAAGUAGAAGGUCUUUUGGAAGGAUUGACAUACAUUUAUAGGGUCUGUGCAGAAAAUGUAGCUGGAUGUGGAAGAUUCAGUCCACCAUCUGAUCCAAAAACAGCCCAGGCUCCAAUCUUGCCACCAGGUCCACCAAUUCCUCAUGUUGUUGACACCACAGACCAUUCAAUAACAGUUGAAUGGGAACCUCCAGCAGACAAUGGAGGUGCAGAGAUUUUUGGUUACCAUGUUGACAAGGUAAUUGCUGGCACUAAGGACUGGUCACGAGCCACAGAGAGACCAUGGAAGACCCGCACAUUUACUGUGUAUGGUGUCCGAGAAGGAGCUAAGUACAUUGUCCGUGUGGUAGCAGUCAACUCUGCUGGUGAAGGUGCUCCUGGUAUGACAGAUGCUGUUAUUGUCAGGAAUCCAGCAGAGAAGCCUGUAAUUGAACUUGAUAUAUCCGUGAAGAAUGGUCUUGUUGUAAGAGCUGGAGAGAUGCUGAAGAUCCCUGCACAUGUAAGCGGUAAACCAAAACCAUCACUUUCAUGGACAAAGGAUGAUGCAGCUCCUGACAAAGAGCGUGUGGAAAUAGAAGAAGUAGGACAGAACAGCACAGUCAUUAUCAAGAGCUCAAAAAGAAGUGACAGUGGCAAAUACCAGAUAACUGCAGCAAACCCAAGUGCUAUAAAAUCUGCAUGGGCCAGGGUUGAAGUUGUUGAUGUUCCUGGGCCUGUCCUUGACCUCAAGCCCGUAGUAGUAACCAGAAAAUUAAUGAUUCUGAACUGGUCUGAUCCGGAUGAUGAUGGUGGCAGUGAUUUGACUGGCUUCAUUGUUGAAAGAAGAGAGCCAAAGAUGCACACAUGGAGACAGCCAAUUGAAACACCCGCAUCCAAAUGUGAAAUUGUAGGUAUUGCUGAAGGACAGGAAUACAUUUUCCGAGUUGUGGCCAAGAACAAAUAUGGCUGUGGACCACCAGUUGAUCUUGGACCUAUUCGUGCAGUUGAUCCACAAGGUCCACCAACUUCUCCUGAGAAGUUCCACUACACAGAAAGAACUAAGUCAUCCCUUACCCUUACAUGGAAGCCACCUCGCAAUGAUGGUGGUAGUCCAAUUAUUGGAUACAUCAUUGAAAAGAAACGUCAAGACCAUCCUACUUUCCAGCCUGUCUCCACAGACUUGUGCACUGCACUGACACUGACUGUGGAGAAUCUAGAUGAGCUACACACCUACGAGUUCCGUGCAAAGGCUGUUAAUAGCAUUGGAGAAAGUGAUCCUUCUAUACCCUUGACUGUUGUGAUUCAGGAUGAUGAAGUUGCCCCAACUUUGCACAUGUUGAAGCACUUCAAAGGUGACUUGAUUAGAGUGAGGAAGAAUGAGCCAGUUGAGAUUCCUGUUGAAAUCACAGGUCUCCCAAUGCCAAAGGUUGAAUGGUUGAAAGAUGAUGUUGUUAUUCCAAAGCCCACUGAAAGAGUCCUGUUUGAGACUAAAGAGAUUGACAGAGUCACAGAACACACCAAACUUUCUAUCCCAGCUACUACAAGGCUGGAAAAGGGUACAUACACUGUCACUGCCUCAAAUCGCCUUGGAUCACCCAGCCAUUCGAUCACAGUGGAGGUGCUCGAUCGACCGACGCCACCAAGAAAUGUUGCAGUUUCAAAUAUCCGAGCUGGGUUUUGCCAGUUGACUUGGGAUGCACCACUAGAUAAUGGUGGCAGUGCGCUCACCAACUAUAUUAUUGAAAAGAAAGACCUCAAUGUUGAGGAUGUUGAGAAAGCCGAAUGGGUUCAGGUUAAUAACACAAUCAUAGAGAAAAAAUAUAAGGCAUGGGACCUUGUAACAGGUGGAAACUAUAUGUUCAGAGUUAAAGCUGAAAAUAAGUAUGGAAUAAGUGAUGGCUGUGAAACAAUGGAAUUUCAAAUAAAGGAUCCAUUCGCCCUACCUGGACCCCCAGAAAAAGUUGCUAUUGCAGAAUAUUCUAAAGCCAAUAUGCUAGUAACAUGGGAACCUCCAAUGGAUUGUGGUGGAUCUCAGAUUAUUGGCUAUUGGCUGGAGAAGCGUGAGAAAGGCACCACCUACUGGGCUAAAGUAAAUAAGGCCUUGGUCUCAAAACGUGGCUUGAAAGGCUGGGAAUAUCAGGUCACACGUCUCUUUGAGGGAACUGAGUAUGAAUUCCGAGUGAUGGCUUGCAAUGCUGCAGGAGUUGGGCCCCCAAGUGCUGUCUCUGAAUCAGCCUCUGCUAUUGACCCCCUCACACCACCUGGCAUGCCAGCAGCUCCUGUAGUUGCUGAUAAAACUAAGCGUAGUGUUACUCUGUCAUGGACCCCACCAGCCAAAGAUGGUGGCAGCCCAAUCAAAGGUUACAUAAUCGAGAUCCAGGAUGAGGGAACAUCUGAUUGGGCGAGGGUGAAUGAUGCAGACAAUCUACAUCCAACUACUGAAUUUACCGUUCCCAAUCUUAAGGAACUCAAGAAAUACAGAUUUAGAAUUAUUGCAGUAAAUGAUAUUGGCGAGUCUGAGCCAAGUCCUAGCACCACAGAGGUUCUCAUGGAAGACAUUCACACUGAGCCAAAAAUAUUUCUGGACAUCACUGCUGAAGAAUUAUUAUGUAUCCGUGCUGGAUCUCCAAUCAAAAUCCCUGUAACUAUUACUGGGCGCCCUGUUCCCAAGGUUACUUGGGAAUUUGAUGGCAAAGCAAAGACAGAGAAGAAAGAUCGUCUUCAUACCCUGCCAGUUGAUUCACAGGUUGAAUCUACUGACACAACCUCUGUUGUAACAAUUCCUGUGAGCUUGAGAGCUCACUCUGGCAGAUAUACUGUCACAGCAAAGAACAAAACUGGACAGAAACAUAUUAAUAUCAGAGUCAUUGUGCUUGAUGUUCCUGGAGCACCAAAGGAUCUCAAAGUUACUGACAUUACCAGGUCUACAGUGCGGCUUAUCUGGAAACUCCCAGAUACUGAUGGUGGAGAGAGGAUUAAGAGUUACUUCAUUGAAAAGAAGACUGUCAGUGGAAAGGCCUGGACAACAGUAAAUGCAGCCUGUGCCAGUAUGGCCUUUGUGGUGCCUGACCUUCUUGAAGGUCAGGACUACCUGUUCCGAGUUCGUGCUGAGAAUCGCCUUGGAAAAGGACCAUUUACUGAGACCACAGAGCCAGCAAGAACAAGGGAUCCCAUUUAUCCCCCUGAUCCUCCAACUAAGGUCAAAAUAAACCUUGUCACCAAGAACACAGUGACUCUUACAUGGAUGCCUCCAAAAAAUAAUGGUGGUGCACCAGUAACACAUUAUAUUAUUGAAAGGCUGAGCUGGGACACCAGUGGUCCACAAAAGGAGACCUGGAAACAAUGCAAUAAAAGGGAUGUUGAAGAGACAUUGUUUAUUGUUGAAGACCUUAAGGAGGGUGGUGAAUAUGAGUUCCGUGUCAAAGCAGUGAAUGAAGCUGGUCCAAGCAGACCCUCUGCGACUGUUGGACCAAUAAUCAUCAAGGACCAGACCUGUGCCCCAACCAUCGAACUUAGAGAAUCUCUGGAGAGUGCAGAAACACUGGAUAUUAACAUACUUGCCAGGAUCCAGGGCUGUCCAUUCCCAUCACUCGUUUGGCAGAGAGCCACAUUGGACAAGCCUGAUGAAAAGUUUGAUGUACACUAUGAUCAGCAUAUUAAUAAACUUGUCUCUGAUGACAAAUGUAGUCUGUUAAUUCAGCAAUCGAAGAGAGAUGACAGUGGAAUUUAUACACUCACAGCUACUAACAGCCUUGGCAAGGCUUCCAAGGAUAUCAAACUUACUAUUUUGGGACGACCUGGACCACCAAUUGGACCAAUCAAAAUUGAGGAAGUUUUUGCUGAAAGGAUUGGACUCUCCUGGAACCCACCCACAGAUGAUGGUGGUUCUAAAAUCACAAACUAUGUCAUCGAGAAGCGUGAGGACAACAGGAAGACAUGGGUGCAUGUAUCUAGUGAGCCUAAGCAAUGUGCAUACACAGUUCAGAGGCUAACAGAAGGGCAUGAAUAUGAGUUCCGUGUUAUGGCUCAGAACAAAUACGGUGUUGGACCACCACUCUAUAGUGAGCCUGAGAAAGCAAGAAACCUAUUCACUGUCCCUGGCCAAUGUAACAAGCCAACGGUGUCAGAAGUCACUCUUGAAUCUAUGACUGUUGAAUGGGAGGAGCCAGAAUAUGAUGGUGGAUCACCAGUUACUGGCUACUGGCUGGAGAAGAAGGAAACUACAUCAAAACGCUGGACUAAAGUGAACCGUGACCCCAUAAGGAUCAGGCCCCUUGGCGUUUCACAUAUUGUGACUGGUCUUCUGGAAGGAGCUACCUACCAGUUCCGUGUUAUUGCCUUUAAUGCUGCUGGAUGUGGGCUUCCAAGUCUGCCAUCAGAUCCUGUAGUUUCUAGAGAUCCAAUUACUCCUCCAGGACCCCCUCUACCAAAGGUAACAGACUGCACCAAGUCAACUGUAGAUCUUGAAUGGAUUCCUCCACUGACUGAUGGUGGAUCUAAGAUCACAGGAUACUUUGUUGAAUACAAAGAAGAAGGAAAGGAAGAAUGGGAGAAGGCUAAAGACAAGGAAAUUAGAGGCACCAAGUUUGUUGUUCCUGGACUCAAAGAGCUUGGACUUUACAGAUUCAGAGUAAGAGCAGUGAAUGCUGCAGGAGUUGGUGAACCUGGUGAAGUCACUGAAGUGAUUGAGGUCAAGGAUAGAACAAUUCCUCCUGAAGUGGACCUAGAUGCAACUGUAAAGGAGAAGAUCACUGUUCAUGCUGGUGGUGUAAUCCGUAUUAUUGCAUAUGUAUCUGGCAAACCUGCCCCACAAAUUAUCUGGAACAAAGAUGAUGGUGAUAUGCCUAAAGAAGCUCUUGUUGAGACUACUGCUAUUAGCUCUUCUCUGGUUAUCAAAAAUUGCAAAAGACACCAACAAGGUAUUUACACCCUGACUGCCAAGAAUGAAGGAGGAGAAAGGAAGAAGGCAAUAAUUGUGGAAGUGCUGGAUGUUCCUGGACCUGUUGGGCAACCUUUCUCUGGUAUAAAUCUAACUACUGACUCUUGCAAACUGACAUGGCAUUCCCCUGAGGAUGAUGGUGGCUCUGCCAUCACCAAUUACAUAAUAGAAAAAAGAGAAUCUGACCGCAGAGGUUGGACUUCAGUAACAUACACUGUGACCAGACAUAAUGCUGUGGUUCAGGGUCUUAUUGAUGGUAAAGCGUACUUCUUCAGAAUUGCUGCUGAAAAUAUAAUUGGAAGGGGCCCAUAUGUGGAGACUGCAUCACAAGUUCUUAUUAAGGAUCCUAUUUCUGUCCCUGAGCGUCCAGAGGAUCUGGGGGUAACAGCUGUCACAAAAGAUUCAAUUAGUUUAGAAUGGAGGCCACCAAAGUAUGAUGGUGGAGCAGAAGUGACAAGCUAUGUCCUUGAAGUCCGUCAGAUAGGAAAAGAUAACUUUAUACGUGUUGCACCUGACAACAAGCUAAUAGACCGUAAAUUUGUUCAUGAGGGUCUCAAAGUGGGUGCUACAUAUGAAUUCCGUGUCAGUGCUGUAAAUCAAAUUGGCCAAGGCAAGCCUUCAUUCAGCACUAAACCUAUUACAUGCAAGGAUGAGCUUGAGCCACCUACCCUUGAUCUGGAAUUCAAUGACACGGUUUUAGUUCGUGUUGGGCAGUCAUGCACUCUCCAAGGUCGUUAUACAGGCAAACCAACUCCAACAAUCAAAUGGUUUAAAAAUGAUGAGGAACUUAAGUCAAAUGAUGAGAUUAUGCUCACCACCACUAAGAAGACCUUAUGCUUGUCUAUUGAAAAGGCUAAGCGUGAUCAGAGUGGUAAAUACUCUGUGGUUGUGGAGAAUUCAACUGGCAUACAGAAGGGCAUCUGCACUCUUACUGUUGUUGAUCGCCCUCAACCUCCGGAGGGCCCUGUUAUCUUUGACGAGAUCUUUAGGGAUCACAUGGUCAUCUCCUGGAAACCACCACUUGAUGACGGUGGAUGUGAAGUAUCUAAUUACAUUGUUGAAAAGAGGGAUGUUAACAGGGAUCUCUGGAUGCCUGUUACGGAGUCCUGCACUAGAACUACAUGUAGAGUACCCAAACUAAUUGAAGGCAGAGAGUACAUUAUUAGAAUAUGUGCUCAGAAUUUUCAUGGCAUAAGUGACCCGUUGCUGUCUGUUGAGACAAAAGCAAGGGAUGUUUUCAAGGUGCCUGAUGCUCCUAAGCAACCAGUGGUGAAAGAAGUCUACAAAGACACAGCUUUGAUUUCCUGGGAACCACCAGCUGAUGGUGGAAAACCAAUCACAAACUACAUUGUUGAGAAGAGAGAAACAAUGUCAAACAGAUGGGUUCGUGCUGGAACCGACCGCAUCUUCCCUACAACAGAAUACUGGGUUCCGGAUCUUCUCAAAGGGUGUGAAUAUGAGUUCCGUGUCAUGGCAGAGAAUGUUAUUGGUGUUGGUGAUCCCAGCCCACCCUCAAAGCCUGUCUUUGCUAAAGAUCCCAUUGUGAUUCCAAGCCCACCAGAAAAGCCAAUGGCAAUUGACAAAACAAAGAAUUCAAUCACUCUAUCUUGGGAGCCACCAAAGGAUUGUGGCAGAGGAAAAAUCUUAGGCUACCUGCUUGAGUACCAGAAAGCUGGAGAUGAAGAAUGGAUACAGGUUAAUCAGACUCCUGAGUCCUGCCCAGACACAACAUUCAAAAUAGUCAACCUUGAAGAUGGAAUGUUGUACCGGUUUAGAGUAAAAGCAGUGAAUGCAGCUGGGGAAUCUGAUCCUGCAAAUGUUCCUGAGCCUAUUCGGGCACAAGACAGAUUUGAGCCUCCAGAGCUUUUGCUAGAAAUGGGAAUGCCCCGUGAGCUUAAAGCCAUGGCAGGAACUCACAUAAAAAUUGUUGCUGGAAUCAAGGGUAUGCCUUUUCCCAAGGUCACAUGGAAGAAAAAUGAUAUUGAUGUACCUCCAAGAGCAGAAAUUGAGACUUCUGGAGUAAGAUCAGCACUUGAAAUGCGCUACUGUAACCGAGGGGACUGUGGAGAUUACACACUCAGUGUAGAAAACCCAGCUGGAUCGAAGACAGCAACAUGCACUGUGCUUGUUUUAGACAAACCUGGUCCAAUUCAGAAUCUGAGGGUAUCUGAUGUUAGAAGUGACUCAGCUCAACUCUCCUGGAAAGAUCCAGAAGAUAAUGGUGGUGUACGCAUCACCAACUUUGUUGUGGAGAAGAAGGAUGUGGCUUCUGCACAAUGGGUGCCAGUCUGUGCAACAUCCAAAAAACGAAGCCUUAUGGCCAAGCAUUUGAUGGAAGGGACAUCAUACAUGUUCCGGGUGGCUGCCGAAAAUCAGUUCGGCAGAAGUGAAUAUGUUGAGACAACUAAACCUGUGAAAGCAAUGAACCCACUGUUCCCACCUGGUCCACCAAAGGACCUGCAUCAUGUAGAUGUUGACAAAACUGAGGUGUGGCUUGAGUGGAACUGGCCUGAUCGCACAGGAGGAAGUGAGAUCACCGGCUUCUUGGUUGAAUAUCAGGAGGAAGGAGAAAGAGACUGGAUAGUCUUCAAGACUGUAAGCAUUCCUGAAUGCCAUGUAACAGGGCUAGAAGAGGGAAAAACUUAUAGAUUCCGUGUGAAAGCAGAGAAUGCCAUUGGCCUUGGAAGACCUGACACAACAGUGCCAGUGCUCUGCCAAGAAAAACUUGUGCCACCCAUUCUUGAGGUUGAUGCAAAACUGAUUGAUGGGAUAAUUGUAAAGGCUGGAAGCACCAUAAGGCUUCCCGCAAUCAUGAGAGGCAUUCCAGUUCCAACUGCAAAAUGGGCCAUUGAUGGUGAAGAAAUUAAAUGUGAAGGAAAUACCAAGAUUGACACAGACAACUUUUCAACUGUUCUGAGCAUUGCUGAAUGCACAAGAAAUCACACUGGAAACUAUAUUCUCACAGUAUCUAACCCUGCAGGAAGUAAGACUCUCUCUCUGAAUGUCACAGUACUUGAUGUUCCUGCUGCACCAAUAGGACCAGUUAACAUCCUUGAAGUAACUCCAGAUUCCAUGGUCAUUGAAUGGCGUCCUCCCAAAGAUGAUGGUGGAAGCCCUGUCAUAAAUUAUGUUGUUGAAAAAAGGGAAUCUAAUAAGGAAACCUGGGGAGGUGUUAGCUCUGGCAGUACUGCAACACGACUUAAGAUUUCUCGUUUACAGAGCGGUGUUGAAUAUGUUGUAAGAAUCCGUGCAGAAAACAAGAUGGGAAUUGGUGCAGCUCUUGAAAGUGCACCAACCGUGGCAAAGCACCAGUUUGAGGCACCUGGCCAUCCUGGAAAACCUGUUGUUUCAGAUAUUUCUGAAGAUGCAGUUACUCUUGGUUGGACAAUGCCACUGUAUGAUGGAGGCAGUCCUAUUUUUGGCUACAUUAUUGAACGUAGACAUAAAGGAGGCAAAUGGAUUCGAGUAAAUAAGAUUCCAUGCAAAGACCUCAGAUUCAGAGUGCUUGGGCUUUUUGAGGGUAAUGAAUACGAGUUUAGAGUAUUUGCUGAAAAUAUUGCUGGCUUUAGUGGUCCCUCACCUAUCUCAGACCCAGCCAAGCCCUGCAGGCCAAUUACAGUUCCUGGACCUCCAGUCAAUCCUAAAGUUAAAGAUUAUAGUUGCACUUAUGCCGAUUUAGUUUGGAUAAAGCCUACAAGAGACGGGGGUAGCCCAAUCUUGGGAUAUGUUGUUGAAUGGCAGAAAGCUGGUGGUGAAUGGGAUAAAGUUAACAAAGAUGAUUUGAUAAAACAGUGUGCAUAUAGAGUCAAGGGUCUAAAUGAAGGCACAGAAUAUAGGUUUCGUAUUCGAGCUGUCAACAUGAUUGGAGAUGGUGAGACAAGAGAAAUCCCAGAAUCAGUUAUUGCUCAAGACAUUCUAAUUCCCCCUGAGAUUGAGAUGGAUGUCACAUGUCGUACACAUGUGAUUGUACGUGUAGGUCACAACAUAAAUAUUACGGGAUAUGUGAAGGCAAGGCCAGACCCUGAGAUUUCCUGGACCAGAGGGGAGACCGUUUUGGAACGAGAUAAACGUAUUACUUUCACAAAUAACUUCCCUGUAGUACAUAUGCGUAUCAAGGAAGCAACCAGAGCAGAUCAUGGAAAGUAUAUUCUUAAGGCUGUCAAUAAUGGUGGAGAAGCUUCAGCUACCAUUACUGUAACUGUAUUGGACAGGCCUGGACCCUGCAGGAAUCUUAUAUUGACAUAUGUGACAAAAAAUUCUUGCAUGGUGAACUGGGAUGCUCCCGAGGACAAUGGAGGCACUGAGAUUACAAACUACAUUGUUGAGUGUCGUGAGCCAAACAGCAGAACUUGGUCAAUGAUCUCUUCUGACUGCACCAACCGCAAAGUGAAGGCAAAACUCCUGGAGAAUCAUGAGUAUUUGUUCCGUGUAUCUGCAGAGAACAAGUGUGGUCCUGGUCAAGCAACAGAAACCAAAACACCUAUCCUUGCAAUAGAUCCACUUCAGAAACCUAGUGAACCAGAAAAUUUCCAUGUAGCUGAUGUUGGCAAGAACUAUGUUUUCCUGAGAUGGCGAAAACCAGAUUAUGAUGGUGGCAGUCCAAACUUAGGCUAUAUUCUGGAAAAGAAAGCAAAGGAUGCUGAAAAUUGGGAAAGUUUACAUGCUGGCAUAAUCAAAGAUACAUUCUUUAUGGUAGACAAAUGUGUUGAGAACCAAAUAUAUCAGUUUAGAAUUAAGGCAACAAAUGAUGGUGGAGAAAGCAACUGGGUGAAGACAUCUGAUGUUCUUGUCAAAGAAGUCAUUCUGAAACCAGUUCUUGACCUCAAAUUUGCUGGUACUAUCGUGGUUAAAGCUGGUGAAUCAGUCAGGCUUGAGGCAGCUCUCAGAGGAAAGCCACAACCUGAGGUAAAAUGGGUGAAGGACAAGGCUACAGAAUAUAACCCAAGAAUCACCAUUGACACUGGAGCAGAUUAUUCAAAAUUCCUCAUGACAAAAACCAGACGGCCUGACACUGGAAAAUAUGUAAUCACUGCCACAAACUCUGCUGGAAGUUUCACUGCAUAUGCAAAUAUAACUGUUUUGGACAUACCCGGACCUGUCAGGGAUGUCAGGGUCACUGGUGUCUCUGCAGACAAAUGUAGAGUUGUGUGGGAUCCUCCAGAGGAUGAUGGUGGUUGUGAAGUGGAUAGCUAUAUUUUAGAAAAAUGUGAAACCAGGAGAAUGGUUUGGUCUACAUAUUCUGCUAAUGUAGUUACUAACUACUGCAAUGUGACUCAUCUUGUGGAAGGUAAUGAGUACGUCUUUAGGAUCAGAGCAGAAAACAAGAUGGGAACAGGUCCAGCAAUGGAGAGCAAGCCUGUUAUUGCCAAAACACAGUACAGCAGACCCGGUCCACCUGAUCCACCAGAGGUCACCAAAAUUGGCAAAGAUGAGAUGACUGUGAUAUGGGCUCCUCCUGAGAACGAUGGUGGAAAAUCCAUUACUGGCUACAUCCUGGAAAGAAAGGAGAAGCGUGCUGUACGAUGGGUACCAGUUACAAAAAGCCCCAUCUCUGAGAGACGCAUGAAAGUAACCAACUUGAUUCCUAACCAUGAAUAUCAAUAUCGUGUUAAAGCUGAAAAUGAGGUUGGAUUGGGAGAGCCAAGCAAGCCUUCAAGACCACUUGCUGCUAAGGAUCCAAUUGAGCCUCCUGGUCCUCCUGGAGGUCUGAAGGUGGUGGACAGCACAAAGACUUCAGUUACACUUGGCUGGUCAAAGCCAGUGUAUGACGGUGGUGCUCCAAUCAUCGGAUAUUUGGUUGAAAUGAGAGAGAAGAUUGAAAUGGAAGGUGAACAAGAGCGAGAUCCAGAUGAAGGCUGGUCAAAGUGCAAUACUAGUGGGCAGCUUGUUCUCACUGAAUUUACAAUGCUCAAUUUGGAUGAGAGAAAACAAUAUGAAUUCCGUGUCUCUGCACAAAAUCAAGUUGGAAUGGGUCGCCCAGCAAAACUUAAAGAUGCUGUGACACCAAAAGAGAUUCAUGAAUUGCCAGAGAUUGAUCUGGAUGCCAGUUUGAGAAAGGGAUUUAGUGUAAGAGCAGGUUGUCCCAUAAGACUAUUUGCUACAAUCAGAGGAAGGCCAGCACCUAAAGUGACCUGGAAACGCGUUGGUAUUGACAAUGUUGUCAGAAAAGGUCAUGUGGACCAUAUUGAUACAAUGACCUUUCUUGUUAUACCUGAGAGCACACGUGAAGACUCUGGAAAAUACUCUUUGACAGUCUCAAAUCCUUCAGGAGAGAAAGCUGUAUUUGUUCGUGUUAAGGUCUUGGAUACUCCUGGACCAGUUGAUGAAUUGGAAGCAACUGAUGUUACAAAGACAACUUGCCAACUCUCCUGGUCACCUCCAGAAAAUGAUGGUGGUUGUCCAAUCCUUAACUACAUUGUUGAAAAGCGGGAAGUAGAUAGGAAGACAUGGACAAAUUGCACAAAUGAGUUGAAAAAAACAAGCUUUAAAAUCACAAACCUAACACCAGGAACUGAAUACUACUUCAGAGUCAUAGCAGUCAACAAGUAUGGUAUCGGAGUGCCAAAAGACUCGCCAAAAUCAUAUUUGGCUGUAGAUCCCAUGAGUGAACCUGAUCCACCCAAAAAGAUGGAUAUCUUAGAGAUUUCAAAGAACAGUGCAACUCUUGGGUGGCUAAAACCACUGAGAGAUGGAGGAUCUAAGAUUAAUGGCUAUAUAGUUGAUUACCAAGAGGCUGGUCAACCUGAGGACAAAUGGACAACAUACUCAGUUGUAAAAGACUUGAGCAUUGUUGUUGUUGGUCUAAAAGAAAACACAAAAUAUAGAUUCAGGGUUGCUGCAAGAAACUCUGUAGGAUGCAGUCUGCCAAGAGAAGCUGAAGGCAUUUUUGAAGUCAAAGAGACUCUGAUGGGACCAAAGAUUAUCAUGCCUGAUAUGGUCAUGGCAAAGGCAGGAACAAAGCUUAAGGUUGAAGCACUUGUAUCUGGAAAACCUAUUCCAGUCACAACGUGGAAAAGAGGAAGUGAUGACGUGGUUUCAUCUGAUCGUAUUUCUGUGCAAAAAACAUUGUCCUCAUCCACAUUAAUGAUUAAGGAUGUUUCAAGGAAGGACAGUGGCUAUUACAGUCUUACUGCUGAGAAUAGCAUUUCAAAGGUCAACCAAAUCCUCAGAAUUAUCAUCAUGGAUAUCCCUGGUCCCCCAGAGGGCCCCAUGGAAAUUCUUGAGGUGGAUAUUGAUGCCUGCACCCUUGCAUGGAACUCACCAACUGAAGAUGGUGGCAGCAACAUAACUAAUUAUGUUGUUGAAAAAUGUGACGUGAGCAGAGGUGACUGGGUUCCUGCUGUAGCCUCUUGCACAAAGACCAGUUGCAGAGUUUCAAAACUUACUCCUGGCAAGGAAUAUGGUUUCAGAGUGCGUGCUGAAAAUCGUUUUGGAAUUUCAGAGCCAAUCUACUCUGUAAAAAUUAUUGCCAGAUAUCCAUUUGAUCCACCCAGUGAACCAAGGAACUGCUGUGUCAAUAAAAUUCACAAAGACUUUGUUGUUUUGUCUUGGGAAAAACCAGUAAAUGAUGGUGGUAGUCCUAUUAUAGGAUACUCGAUAGAACGCAAAGAGAGAAACAGCCUUUUGUGGGUCAAGGCAAAUGAGACACUUGUUCGUCAAACUGAAUACUACUGCUCUGGCCUUAUUGAGGGUCUGGAAUACACAUUCAGAGUAUGUGCAGUGAAUAAAGCAGGCCAAGGCAAACCAAGCAAAGCUACUGAGAUAAUUACAGCAAGGAACCCAGUUGAUCCACCUGGUAAACCAGAGGUUCUUGACAUAACAAAACAUUCAGUUUCACUUGUUUGGAAUCGUCCAAAACAUGAUGGUGGUAGCAAACUCAUUGGCUAUUAUGUUGAGUAUUUGAAGCUUCCAGGUGACAAAUGGGUACGUGUAAAUUCAAGUAGCCAAAAUGUGCCAAAAGAGGACUACGUUGUCACUGGACUUGAAGAGGGAGCCCAAUACAAGUUCAGAAUUAUUGCAAAGACAGCAAUUAAUAUCAGCGAGCCUUCAGAAGAGUCUGAUGUAAUCACUGUCAUUGCAGAGCAUGUUCCACCCAGGGUUGAGAUCAGUCUUGAAAUGAAGAAUCUAAUCGUUGUCAAAGCAGGAGCAAAUGUUUGCCUCUACGCUGAAGUUUAUGGAAAACCAUUACCAAAAGUUACAUGGAAAAGAGAUGGUGUGCCAUUGUCAGUUGUUGAAGGCAUGAAGAUGUCUCAGAAGAGACACCUCUUCCUCUUGGAACUGUUCUCUGUAACGCGAAAGGAGACUGGAGAGUAUACUAUUGUUGCUGAGAACCCUAGUGGCACUAAGUCUGGCAACAUUAAACUUAAAGUUCUGGAUAAACCAGGACCCCCAGCAUCAGCAAAGGUCAGCCAUGUCUUUGCCGACCGGGUCAAACUGCGAUGGGAGCCACCUCUUUCAGAUGGCGGGGCUGAAAUAACCAACUACAUUAUUGAUAAACAUGAAACAAGCAGAGCUAACUGGGCUCAGGUUACUUCCAACAUUAAUGGCCAAAUAACAAAUUGCUCAGUGGAGAAACUCAUUGAGGGUCAUGAAUAUGAGUUUCGCAUCAGUGCUGAAAAUAAGUAUGGUGUUGGUGACCCAAUUUUCACCAACUCUGUGAUUGCUAAGAAUCCAUAUGAUGUUCCUGGACCUUGUGACCCACCUAUUAUUACCAAUAUUACCAAGGACCACAUGACUGUGAGCUGGAAGGCCCCUGCUGAUGAUGGCAAAUCCCCUAUCCUUGGAUACAUGGUGGAAAAACGUGAAAUUCAGGAACUCAGCUGGUCUAAAAUAAACAGAAAACCUGUCAUUGAUAGAACCAUUAAAGCAGGCGGUCUCACUGAAGGUUCUGAGUAUGAAUUCAGAGUUAUUGCUCUCAAUAAGGCUGGUCUUGGCAAACCAAGUGAUCCCACUCAAGCUGCUCUUGCAGUGGACCCACUAUAUCCUCCAGGGCCACCUGCAUUCCCCAAAAUUGUUGAUUCUACACAUAGUUCAAUCAGUCUAUCAUGGACCAAGCCUGCCUAUGAUGGUGGCUGUGAAAUUUUGGGCUACCUGGUUGAGGUCAAGAGGUCAGAUUCCGAGGACUGGUUAAAGUGCAAUAUGCCAAAAAAUCUUCAGGACACAAAGUUCCUUGUCACUGGGCUCCUUGAUAAAACAGAAUAUCAGUUCCGUGUGCUUGCUGUAAAUAAGAUUGGAUUUAGUGAGCCAAGUGAAGUUCCUGGGACGCAUAUGGCACAAGACAUAUUGAUUGUUCCUGAGGCAGACCUUGAUGCAGAUCUUAGGAAAGCACUUGUAUUACGUGCUGGAGUCACACUGAGAAUCUAUGUGCCAUUUAGAGGCCGUCCUGCACCAAAGGUGACAUGGAGCAAGGUUAAUGCCAACCUGAAAGAGAGGCAAGGUCUUAUGAUCAACACAACUGAAUGGGAUACAUUCGUAUACUGUGAAAAUAUCAACAGAUAUGAUGCUGGCAAAUAUGUGCUGACCCUUGAAAACAGCAGUGGAUCCAAGUCCUAUACCAUUGUUCUCAAAGUCUUAGAUACCCCUGGACCACCACUCAACCUGACUGUAAAAGAAACAUCAAGAAGUCAUGCCUCCAUCACUUGGGAUCCUCCGCUUAUUGAUGGGGGAAGUCCAGUGAAGAGUUAUGUUGUGGAAAAACGUUUGGCAGAACGGAAAGCAUGGACCUGUGUUGCUUCUGAGUGUCCCAAAACAUCCUUCAGAAUUACUAACCUUGAUGCCGGGAACGCCUACUGUUUCAGAGUCUCAGCUGAAAAUGUUUAUGGUAUUGGAGAAGGCUGUGAGACAGCUGGACCAGUUAAAGCCUCAGAGCAACCUGGACCAGUUACAGACUUCAAACCUGUACUGGUCACGAAGGAUUCUUGCACUCUUUAUUGGAAGAAGCCCAUCAGUGAUGGCGGAAGCCACAUUGUUGCAUAUGCAUUGGAAAUCAAUGAAGGCGAAGACAAAUGGAAACAGCUCAUGAAGGCCAAACAACUGCAAUACACAGUAAAGGACCUACAAGAAGGCAAAGAAUACUCUUUCAGAGUUAAGGCUUUUAAUGAGUCUGCUGAAGGACCCAUCACUGAACUCUCAGUGCUGGCUAAGGAUCAAAUUGUUCUCCCAGACUGUGACCUUAAGGGGUUGCCAGACUCUUGUUAUUUGGCAAAGGAGGGAAGCACGGUUCGCCUCACAAUCCCAAUUUCUGGCAUUCCCGCUCCAACAGUCACGUGGAAGAAAGGUGGUGUUAUCUUGGGAGAUAGUGGAAGAAUCUCUGUUGAAUCCACAGUAGCAAACACAACCUUGCUGAUACGUGACUGUCAAAGAGGUGAUGCAGAGAAGUACUGUCUCAUUUUGAAAAACAGUGCAGGAACCAAGGAAUCCACCAUAGACUUCAAGGUAGUUGGGAAACCUGGAAUUUGCACAGCACCCAUCAAAUUUGAUGAAAUUACAGCUGACGGAAUCACAUUGGAAUGGGGUCCACCCAAAGAUGAUGGUGGAUCAGAAGUUUCCAACUACAUCUUAGAAAAGAGGCAAUCCACAAAUAACAAGUGGGUCACUGUUGCUUCAGCCAUUCAGAAGAACACAUUGAGAGUCACCAGACUCCAUGAAGGAACAGAGUACCUAUUCAGAGUAUGUGCUGAAAACAAAUAUGGUGUUGGAGACUUCAUAAGAUCCGAUCCGGUGGUGGCUAAACAUCCAUUCAAUGCACCAGGUGCUCCAGAUGCACCACAGGUCUUGGCUAUUCACCAUGAGUAUGCUAUAGUGUCAUGGGCAGAUCCAAAGGAUACUGGCGGCUCUGCUAUUACAGGAUAUUAUGUGGAAUUCAAAGAUAGGAACAGUUUAUUAUGGAAGAGAGCCAGCAAGACACCUCUGAGGGUGAAGGAGUGUAGAGUGACUGGUUUAAUUGAGGGUCUCGAGUAUGAAUGCAGAGUUAUGGCUAUAAACAUGGCGGGAGUAGGAAAACCAAGCAAACCAACAGAAGCAUUUGUUGCCCUUGAUCCAAUUGAUCCUCCUGGCAAGCCUGAUGUAAUCAACAUUACAAGGAACAGUGUAACACUCAUUUGGACUGAGCCUAAAUAUGAUGGAGGUCACAGACUGACAGGCUAUAUUGUUGAAAAACUAGAGCAUCCAGGAAAGGUCUGGAUGAAGGCCAAUCAUGUCAAUAUCCAGACUUGUGCUUUUACAGUAACUGAUUUGCAAGAAGGCUGCAUGCAUAAUUUUAGAAUUAGGGCAAAAAAUGCAGCCGGUGCCAUCAGUGCUCCCUCAGAACAAACUGAAACCCUUGUCUGCAAAGAUGAAUACGAGCCACCAACUAUUACAAUUGACCCUGAAAUGAAGGACGGUGUCACUGUCAGGGCUGGAGAAACAAUUGUGAUUUCUGCUUCAAGUAUCCUUGGCAAACCUCCACCUACAUCUGUAUGGUCUAAGGGAGGAAGAGAAAUAAAACCAUCGGAUGUUGUCCAGAUUACAAGCACUGCCAUAUCUUCGACAUUGUCAAUUAAAUAUGCCUCAAGAAAGAACACUGGGGAGUAUACAAUUACUGCUAGCAACCCAUUUGGCAUUAAGGAAGAAAAAGUAAAAGUAAAAGUCUUGGAUGUACCAGGUCCACCUGGUCCUAUUGAGGUCAGCAGUGUCUCUGCUGAAAAAUGCACACUGACAUGGUUACCACCAGAAGAAGAUGGAGGCUCUGCUAUCAAAUCAUACAUCAUUGAAAAGAGAGAAACUAGUCGCCUACUUUGGACAAAGCUUGCUGAAAAUGUCAUGGAUUGCCGUCAUGUGGCCUGCAAGUUGAUUAAAGGCAAUGAAUAUAUCUUCCGUGUAUUAGCAGUCAAUCAGUAUGGUACAGGUGAUGCUAUUCAGUCUGGUCCAGUCAAAAUGGUUGACAGCUUUGGACCCCCUGGGCCACCCUCAAAACCAGAAAUCGAUAAUAUCACCAGAACUGCUGUAACUAUUUCCUGGAAGAGACCAGUGGUGGAUGGCGGAUGUGAUAUUACAGGGUAUAGUGUUGAGAGAAAGGAGAGAAGAGGUAUGAGAUGGGUUAGAGCUUCAAAGAAGACCAUCUCAGAUUUACGUUACAAAGUAACAGGCCUUGCAGAAGAGGUUGAGUAUGAGUUCCGUGUAACUGCUGAGAACAAAGCUGGUUUUGGAGAACCCAGUGAGCCAUCUCAAACAGUGCUGACAAAGGACAUUGCAUAUCCACCUGGACCUCCAUCCAAUCCAAGAAUAACUGAUACCACGAAAACAACAGCAACAUUUAACUGGGGAAGACCAUUUUAUGAUGGUGGCCUUGACGUGACAGGAUAUAUUGUUGAGCACAAAAAGGAAGGAGAAGAUGAUUGGAUUCAGGACACAACUUCUCCAUUGAGAAUCACUGAGUUUGUUGUUCCGAACCUACAAGCAGGGGGCAAAUAUCAUUUCAGAGUCAGCGCCGUUAAUUCAGAAGGAUGUGGGGAACCUGCUGAAGUUGAAAAAAUUGUGGAACUUGUUGAACGUGAAGAGAUUCCAGACUUUGAACUUGAUGCAGAACUGAGAAGAACACUUGUUGUUCGAGCAGGUGCCUCCAUCCGCAUUUUUGUACUAAUUAAGGGACGUCCAACUCCUGAAGUUACAUGGAUAAAAGAUAAUGUUUCUCUCAAAGGAAGAGCUCAUAUUGACAAUACUGAGUCUUACAGUCUAGUGGUUGUUCCUGAAUGUACUCGAUAUGAUGCUGGAAAAUACAUUUUGACUUUGGAAAAUGUUGCUGGAAAGAAGACAGGAUUUGUUAAUGUCAGAGUCGUGGACACACCUGGGCCUCCAGUCAAUUUGAAACCAAGGGAAAUCACCAAAAACAGCAUCACGCUUCACUGGGAAAUUCCAAUUAUUGAUGGUGGAUCAAAGAUUAUAAAUUACAUAAUUGAGAAACGUGAUGCAACUAGAAAAGCCUUCACUACAAUCACUACAAAUUGGCAGAAAUGUUCAUACAAGAUUAACGAUUUGGAAGAGGGUGCUGAAUAUUACUUCAGAGUCUCAGCUGAAAAUGAACAAGGUAUUGGCGAAGCAGCAGAGACACCCGAACCUAUUAGAGCUUCCCAGGCUCCAUCUUCACCAGAUAGUUUAGUAGUUACAAAUGUGACAAAGGAUACAGCAACUCUUGCAUGGACAAAACCGGCUUUUGAUGGUGGUAGCAGAAUCACUGGCUAUGUUAUUGAGGCUCAAAAGAAGGAUUCUGAUCACUGGGUACAUGUCACAACAAUAAAGGCUUUGGACUAUACUGUCACAGACUUAACAGAAAAUGCAGAAUAUAUAUUCCAUAUCUUUGCUGUGAAUAGCUCAGGUAGGAGUGAACCUCGUGAAAGCCGGCCAGUUGUAAUCAAUGAGCAGACUACAGCACCAGGUUUUGACCUCAGAUCUGUUUAUCAGAAGUUGGUAGUAGCCAAAGCAGGUGAUAAUGUGAAGGUUGAGAUCCCUGUUUUUGGUCGUCCAAGACCAUCUAUUGUCUGGAAGAAAGAAGAUCAGGAACUUAAACAAACACAAAGAAUAAACAUUGACAACACAACAACCUCAACAAUUCUUAACAUCCGAGAAAUCAAGAGAAAAGAUGGAGGACAGUAUUCAAUGACAGGGAAGAAUAUACUGGGAACAGUGACAGAAACCAUUACUGUACAAGUACAUGAUAUCCCAGGACCUCCAACAGGACCAAUUAAAGUGGAUGAAGUGUCCUGUGACUAUGUAGUUAUAUCCUGGGAUGCACCAGAGAAUGAUGGAGGAGUUCCUAUCAGCAACUACAUUGUUGAGAUGAGAGAGAAAACUGGCACAUCUUGGGUUGAGUUAGCAGCUACUGUCAUCCGCACAACAUUCAAAGCUGCACGUCUUACAACAGGAAUUGAAUAUCAGCUCCGUGUGAAAGCUCAGAACAGAUAUGGUGUUGGACCUUACAUAACAUCUGAACCCGUAGUUGCUGCUUAUCCAUUUGAUGUACCAGGCCAGCCAGGUAUUCCACAAGCUGUUGCCUUCACAAAAGAUUCUAUUACAAUUACCUGGAAUGAACCUUCCACAGAUGGGGGAAGCCCAAUUUUGGGAUAUCAUAUUGAGAGAAAAGAGAAAAACAGCAUCCUGUGGCAGCGUAUCAGCAAAGCCCUUAUAGUUGGGAACAUUUUUAAGUCAUCUGGUCUGAUAGAUGCUAUUGCAUAUGAAUUCCGAGUUAUUGCUGGAAAUAUGGCUGGUCUUAGCAAGCCAAGCAAGGCAUCUGAGAUGAUAUUUGCACUUGAUCCAGUGGAGCCUCCCAGUCAACCAUUGGCACUUAAUAUAACUAGGCAUGAUGUUACACUUCAAUGGAUGAAACCACAGAAUGAUGGUGGUUUCCCACUAACUGGGUACACUGUGGAAAAGAGAGAACUGCCAAAUGGCCGCUGGCUCAAAGCAAACUUUAGCAAUAUUCAUGAGACAAGCUUCACUGUAAGUGGACUGACAGAAAACUCUUCAUAUGAAUUCCGUGUCUUUGCAAGAAAUUCAGCUGGAUCUGUCAGCAAGCCCUCAAAACCCUCUGAAGUUAUAAUCUGCAGAGAUGAUAUUGAGGAUCCAAAGCUUGAUGUUGAUUCAAGCUUUAGCCAUACUGUUGUAGUUAAGGCAGGUGAAGUCUUCAAAUUAGAUGCAAAUGUUACUGGCAGACCAAUCCCAUCCUUGGUAUGGACAAAAGAUGGAAAAGAGCUUGAAGACACUGCAAAACUAGAGAUCAAAGCAGCAGAUUUCUAUACAUGCUUAACCAACAAAGAUUCAUCAAGAAGAGAUGGUGGUGCAUUUACUCUAACUGCAAGCAACCCUGGAGGAUUUGCCAAGUUUGUUUUCAAUGUUAAGGUGCUUGAUAGGCCUGGGCCUCCUGAAGGGCCCCUUCAUGUUACAGACAUGACCACAGAGAAAUGUAUAUUGUCUUGGCUACCACCACUUGAAGAUGGAGGAGCAAAGAUUGAAUAUUAUAUAAUUCAAAGACGUGAAACAAGUAGACUUGCAUGGACAAAUGUAGCCACAGAUUUACAAGUCAACCGUUAUAAAGUUACCAAAUUGUUAAAAGGAAAUGAAUAUGUUUUCAGAGUUAUGGCUGUUAAUAAAUAUGGAGAUGGUGAGCCACUGGAGUCAGAGCCUGCAGUUGCAGCCAACCCAUAUGUACCCCCAGAUCCACCACAAGCCCCAGAAGUAACAACAAUUACAAAGGACUCUAUGGUGGUUUGCUGGGGACAUCCUGAAAACAAUGGAGGAAGUUCCAUAAAUACUUACAUAAUUGAAAGACGGGAUAAAACUGGCCUCCGGUGGGUCAAAUGCAAUAAGAGGUCAGUAACUGAUUUGCGCUUUAAAGUGUCUGGACUUACACCAGGGCAUGAAUAUGAAUUCAGGAUCCUUGCUGAAAAUGCUGCUGGUUUAAGCGCUCCAAGCCCUUCAAGUCCAUUUUACAAGGCAUGUGACACAAUAUUCCAGCCUGGGCCCCCAGGGAAUCCAAGAAUUUUGGAUACAACCAAGUCAUCCAUUACUGUGGCUUGGAACAAACCGGUAUAUGAUGGUGGUUCAGACAUUACAGGAUAUAUUGUAGAAACUUGCCUACCAGAAGAAGAUGAAUGGACAGUUGUCACUCCAAAGAAGGGUCUUACUGGAACAUCAUUCACCAUAAUUAAUUUAAAAGAAAACCAAGAAUAUAAGAUCAACAUUUCUGCCCUGAACUGUGAAGGUGUUGGAGAACCUGCAUCAGUACCUGGUUCACCAAAAGCAGAGGACAGAUAUAUUCCACCUGAAAUUGAGCUUGAUUCAGAUCUUCGAAAAGUGGUUAACAUUAGAGCUUGUAGCACACUGAGGCUGUUUGUACCAAUUAAAGGGAGACCUGCACCAGAAGCUAAAUGGUCAAGGGAGAAUGGUGAACCUCUUGAUAAAGCGUCUAUUGAGAGCACAACAUCAUUCACAUCACUUGUUAUUGAGAAUGUUAACAGGUUUGACAGUGGAAAAUAUCUUCUAACAGUGGAAAACAGCUCUGGUAGUAAAACAGCAUUUGUGAAUGUCAGGGUGCUUGACACUCCAGGGGCACCACAAAAUCUAACAAUCAAAGAAAUCACAAAAGAUUCUGUUUCACUGAUCUGGGACCCUCCAAUUAUUGAUGGGGGAUCAAGAGUCAGACAUUACCUUGUAGAAAAACGUGAAUCCACAAGAAAAGCAUAUUCCAUUGUAAAUGCUUCUUGCCCCAAAACAAGCUGGAGAAUUGGUGAUCUAAAGGAGGGAAGCUUGUAUUUCUUCAGAAUCUUGGCUGAAAAUGAAUAUGGUGUUGGCCUCCCAGUGGAAACUGCUGAACCACUCAAGGUUUCUGAAAAGCCUUUACCACCUGGCAAGGUGACACUUAAAGAAGUAACUAGCAGCAGUGUAACCCUGUCCUGGGAGAAGCCAGAUCAUGAUGGAGGAAGCAGGAUCACAGGAUAUGUUGUGGAAAUGCAAGGAAAAGGCAGUGACAAAUGGACCCAGGUCAUGACUGUUAAGGUAACAGAGGCAGUUGUUACUGGUCUGAUUCAAGGUGAAGAGUACUCAUUCCGUAUAUCAGCAACAAACGAAAAAGGGACAAGUGAUCCUCGUCUACUCAGUGUGCCUGUUGUGGCAAAGGAUCUUGUCAUCACACCUGCAUUCAAACUUUUGUUUAAUACAUUCAGUGUGCUGGCAGGUGAUGACCUCAAGAUAGAUUUACCUUAUGCUGCUCAGCCAAAAGCAGUAGUAACCUGGCUUAAAGAUGGCACUAUUCUCAAAGAGACAACACGGGUAAAUUCUGAAGUUACUGAUAAUCAUCUGUACCUUGCAAUCAAGGAAGCAACACGUGAUGAUGUGGGUACAUAUACCAUCAAGAUUACAAACUCAGCUGGAGAGGCUACAGCUGAUAUCUCUGUUGUUGUACUUGAUAAGCCUGGUCCUCCAGCUGGACCUAUCAAAAUAGAUGAGGUAACUGCAGACAGUGUGACGCUGUCCUGGCAACCACCAGAGUAUGAAGGUGGUUGUUCAAUUAACAAUUAUAUUGUGGAAAAGAGAGACACAUCCACCACAAACUGGCAGAUUGUGUCAGCUACAAUUGCUAGAACAACCACCAAAGCUGCAAGGCUCAAAACUGGCUGUGAGUAUCAAUUCAGAAUUGCAGCUGAAAACAGAUAUGGUAAGAGCUCAUUUCUACUGUCUGAGCAUGUAAUUGCACAGUAUCCAUUUGAGGUGCCAAGUGCACCCGGGAAUCCUGUCGUUCAGUCUGCUACCAAAGAAACUAUGCUCAUUGAUUGGAACAAGCCUAGCAGCGAUGGUGGAAGCAAGAUUAUCGGUUAUCAUCUUGAGAGUAAGGAAAGAAAUAGCCUCUUGUGGGUGAAACAAAAUAAAACCAUCAUUCCAGACACAAGAUUCAAGGUUAGUGGUCUCGUAGAAGGCAUUGAAUAUGAGUUCAGAGUUUAUGCUGAGAAUAUUGUUGGGCUAAGCAAAGCCAGCAAACUGUCAGAAAUACAGUUAGCAAGAGAUCCCUGCGACCCACCAGGCAAACCAGAAGCAGUAAUUGUUACUAGAAGCUCUGUAACAUUACGAUGGACAGCACCAGAGUUUGAUGGUGGUAGCCGAAUAACUGGCUAUGCAGUUGAGAGGAAAGAAUUGCCCAAUGGUCGAUGGAUGAAGGCUAGUUUCACUAAUAUCAUAGAAACUGAAUUUGUUGUCAGUGGCUUGGUGGAAGAACAACAAUAUGAAUUCAGAGUCAUUGCAAAAAAUGCAGCUGGUGUGAUUAGUAAACCAUCUGUCAGUACUGGUGCAAUAACUGCAAAGGAUGCAAUAGAGCCACCCAUGAUCGACUUGGAUACUAAAUAUUCUCAAACCAUUAUUGUUAACGCCGGAGAAUCAUUUAAGAUUGAUGCUGGAAUACUCGGGAAGCCUAUACCAUCAGUCCACUGGAUAAAAAACUGUGAGGAACUUGUUAAUACAGCUAGACUUGAGAUUAAAAAUACAGACUUCACAGCUUCUUUAAGUGUAAAAGAAGCUAUUCGUGUUGAUGGAGGUCAGUACACACUGUUACUGAAAAAUGUUGGUGGUGAGAAAUCCAUAAACAUUAAUGUCAAAGUUCUAGACAGGCCUGGGCCACCAGAAGGGCCUAUUUCUAUAUAUGGGGUUACAAGUGAGAAAUGUAGCAUAGCAUGGAAAACACCUUUACAUGAUGGAGGGGCUGAAGUAUCUUAUUAUAUUGUUGAAAGAAGGGAGACUAGCCGAUUAGUUUGGACUGUUGUGGAAUCUAAGGUGCAAACUCUGAGUCUGAAGGUUACCAAGCUUCUUCCUGGAAAUGAGUACAUUUUCAGAGUGAUCCCUGUCAACAAAUAUGGAAUUGGUGAGCCUCUGGAAUCUGAUCCAGUCAUUGCCAGAAAUCCAUUUGUCACACCUGAUCAACCAACUGGGGUGGAGAUAUCCAAUAUAACAAAGGACUCCAUGGUCGUUACUUGGGAAAGACCAAUUAAUGAUGGAGGUAAUGCAAUAACAGGAUAUGUAAUUGAAAAGAGGGACAAAGAAGGUGUCAGAUGGACCAGAUGCAAUAAGCGUUCAGUUAGUGAACUUCGCUUUAGAGUGACAGGACUUCUUGAAAACCACAGUUAUGAAUUCCGUGUCUCUGCUGAGAAUGCAGCUGGAAUUGGCAAACCAAGUGACACUACUGAAUACUUCAAGGCUUUUGAUCCAAUUUUCAGGCCAGGUCCACCAAACAACCCUAGAGUUAUUGAUAUAUCAAGGUCAUCUGUUGUACUGCAUUGGAGCAAACCUAUUUAUGAUGGUGGAUGUGAGAUUCAAGGUUAUAUUGUUGAAGCCUGCGAAGGCAUAUCUGAUGAGUGGACAAUGUGCACGCCUCCCACAGGAAUUAAAGAAACAAGAUUUGAAGUUCAAAAACUGCUGGAAAAACAUGAAUACAAAUUCAGAAUUUGUGCAAUAAAUAAGGUUGGAGUUGGAGAACAUGCAGAUAUAAAAGAAUCCAUUAUUGUGGAGGACAAACUAGAGGCACCAGAUAUUGAUCUUGAUGCUGAUCUAAGAAAGAUGAUCACUGUAAGAGCUGGAGGAGCCCUUAGAUUAUUUGUUCCAAUCAGAGGCCGACCAGCUCCUGAGGUCAAAUGGGGAAAAGCUGAAGGUGAAAUUAAUGAGACAGCACAGAUUGACAUCACAAGCAGUUAUACUUCACUUGUAAUUGAAAAUAUUAACAGAUUUGACAGUGGAAAAUAUACUUUGUCUUUGGAAAAUGCAAGUGGUACAAAAUCUGCAUUUAUUAGCGUUCGAGUACUUGACACUCCUGAUGCACCUGCCAAUUUCCACGUGAAAGAAAUAACAAAGAAUUCAGUUACCCUAACGUGGGAACCACCUUUGCUGGAUGGUGGAGCUAAAAUAAAAAAUUAUAUUGUUGAAAAACGAGAGAGUACAAGGAAGGUAUACUCUUCUGUUGCUUCCUGCAACAAAAUGACAUAUAAAAUUGAGCAGCUCCAAGAGGGCAGCAACUACUUUUUCAGAGUUCUUGCUGAAAAUGAAUAUGGAAUUGGAUUACCUGCUGAAACACAAGAACCACUGAAAAUCUCAGAAGUCCCACAACCUCCUGGAAAAAUCUCUGUAGUAGAUGUUACACGCAAGAGCAUCUCUCUGUCUUGGGAAAAACCAGAACAUGAUGGGGGUAGCAGAAUCACUCACUAUGAGGUUGAGUUGCAAGCGAAAGACAGUGAAAAGUGGUCUAUGUGUGCACAAGUUAAAUCACUUGACACCAUUAUUACCAAUUUAAUCCAAGGUGCAGAGUAUAAUUUUAGGGUAAUUGCAGUUAAUGUCAAAGGAAAGAGUGAUCCCAGACAUCUAGCACACGCUGUUCUUGUACAAGACCUCGUAAUUGAGCCGUCUGUGAGGACAAAACUUAGCACAUACAAUGUACAAGUUGGCCAUGAUUUGAAAAUUGAAGCACGUAUCACUGGCCAUCCAAAGCCAACCAUUACAUGGACUAAAGAUGGUGCAGAGCUGAAACAGACAACAAGAGUUAAUGUUGCAGACACUGUCAACCAUACAACAUUAUCGAUUAAAGAUGCAACCAGAGACGAUGCUGGUAUGUACAGGAUUACAGUAGCCAAUGUACUUGGACAAAAGGAGGCCACUGUUGAAAUCAUUAUACUUGACAAACCUGGUCCACCAAAUGGACCAGUAAGGAUAGAUGAAAUAAGUGCAGAAAGUAUAACACUGUCAUGGGAUCCUCCAACCUAUACAGGAGGAUGCCAAAUUUCAAAUUACAUUGUGCAAAAGAGAGAUACUACUACAACUAACUGGGCAGUUGUUUCGGCAACGGUAGCAAGAACUACACUAAAAGUUGGAAAUUUGAAGACUGGAGCUGAGUACCAAUUCAGAAUCUUUGCAGAAAAUCGAUAUGGGAAAAGCUAUGCUAUUGACUCAGAGCCAGUUCUUGCUCAAUAUCCUUUCAAAGAGCCAGGGCCCCCUGGAACACCAUAUGUGUCUGCCUUUACAAAAGAAUCUAUGGUAGUUGAAUGGCACAAACCAGUUUCUGAUGGUGGCAGUGCUAUUCUUGGAUAUCAUCUUGAAAGAAAAGAAAAGAACAGUAUUCUGUGGACAAAAAUAAAUAAAAUGCUUAUUCAAGACACCGUAUUUAAAACAUCUGCUUUGGAGGAAGGCAUAGAAUAUGAGUUCAGAGUUUUUGCUGAAAAUAUUGUUGGAAUUGGGAAAUGCAGCAAAGUUUCCGAAGGCUGUGUAGCCCGUGAUCCAUGUGAUCCUCCUGGCACACCUGUUCCAGUAAUUGUCACAAGGCAUUCAGUAAUGCUAAGAUGGACACCACCAGAAUAUGAUGGUGGCAGUCUGGUCACUGGAUACAUUGUGGAAAAACGAGACCUCCCUGAGGGCCGAUGGAUGAAAGCAAGCUUUACGAACAUCCUUGAAACUGAAUUUAUAGUCACAGGUCUGACAGAAGACUCCAAAUAUGACUUCAGGGUCAUUGCUAGAAAUGCUGCUGGAUCAGUUAGCAAGCCUUCUGCUUGCACAGGGCCAAUCACAGCUAAAGAUGAGGUUGAGCCACCAACUUAUGAAAUUGACUCAAAAUACACCCAAAUAAUGAUUGUAAAUGCUGGAGAUACAUUUGUAUUAGAAGCGUCUGUAUUGGGGAAGCCAGUUCCAACAAUGCAGUGGUUCAAAGGUGAAGUGGAAGUUGAAAAUUCUGCAAGAGCUGAGACUAAGAACACAGACUUCAAAGCAGUCCUUGUUGUCAAAGAUGCUAUUAGAGUUGAUGGAGGACAGUAUACUUUGCAUCUUACCAAUGUUGGGGGAACUAAAUCUGUGUCCUUUAAUGUAAAAGUGCUUGAUAGACCUGGGUCACCAGCAGGACCUUUGACAGUUUCAAACGUAACAAGUGAGAAGUGCUCCUUGUCAUGGCUUCCUCCUGUACAUGAUGGUGGUAGCAGUAUUUCUCAUUACAUAAUUGAAAAAAGGGAAACCAGUCGGCUUGCUUGGACUGUAGUGUCUAGUGACUGUGGAGCAACUAUGUUCAAGGUGACUAAGCUGCUAAAAGGAAACGAAUACAUCUUCCGUGUCAUGGCUGUUAACAAAUAUGGUGUUGGUGAACCUUUAGAGUCUGUACCAGUAAUAAUGAGAAAUCCAUUUGUUCCUCCUGGACCACCUAGAGAACUAGAAAUAACAAAUAUUUCAAGAGAUUCUAUGACUGUGUGCUGGACUCGUCCAGAGACUGAUGGUGGAAGUGAAAUUGUUGGGUACAUUGUAGAAAAGAGAGACAGAGCUGGAGUCAGAUGGACAAAAUGUAACAAACGUAGAAUUACAGACCUUCGCUUCCGAGUUACAGGUCUCACAGAGGACCAUGAAUAUGAAUUCAGGUUAUCUGCAGAAAACGCCGCAGGAGUUGGUCAACCGAGUCCAAUAACUCAGUAUUACAAAGCAUGUGACCCAACAUUUAAACCUGCUCCACCAACUAAUGCACACCUAACUGACUCCACAAAGAAUUCAGUCACUAUUGAAUGGAGUAGACCAAUCUAUGAUGGUGGCUUAGACAUCCAGGGCUAUGUUGUAGAGAUCUGCAAAGCUGAUGAAGAGGAAUGGCUAACAUGUACUUCACCUACUGGUUGGAAUGAUACUAAAUUUACAAUUACCAAACUCAUAGAACAUCAAGAAUACAAGGUUCGAAUAUGUGCUCUUAACAAUCUAGGUGUUGGUGAGCCAGUCACCAUCCCUGGUACAGUAAAGCCUGUUGAUAAAAUGGAACCUCCUGAAAUUGAACUUGAUUCCGAGUUAAGAAAGGGCAUUGUCGUCCGUGCUGGAGGAAGCAUGAGAAUUAACAUUCCCUUCAAAGGUCGUCCCACUCCAGAGAUAAACUGGAUUAAGGAUGAUGGAGAUAUACCAAGUAAAGCUCAAAUUGAAAAGGGCAUAGAUUAUACCCAGCUCUCCAUUGACAUAUGCGAUAGAAACGAUGCAGGAAAAUAUACUCUUACUCUAGAAAACAGCAGUGGAACCAAGUCAGCAUUUGUUUCAGUGAAAGUACUGGAUACACCAGGUGCUCCACUGAAUCUAACUGUUAAAGAUAUCACAAGAAAUUAUGUAACUCUUGUUUGGGAGCCUCCACUUAUUGAUGGUGGGGCAAAGAUAAAGAAUUAUAUUGUGGACAAACGUGAAUCCACUAGACCUGCCUUCUCUAAUAUUACUACAAAAUGCACCAAGACAAGCUUCCGUGUUGGGGAUCUUAAUGAAGGUGGCAUUUAUUACUUCAGAAUCAUGGCUGAGAAUGAGUUCGGAGUUGGUCUGCCUGUAGAAACAGAAGAAUCCGUGAAGACAGCAGAUCCUCCACUACCUGUGGGAAAGGUCACAUUGACUGAUGUGACUAAAACUUCUGUAUCGCUGUCAUGGGAGAAACCAGACCAUGAUGGUGGUAGUAGGAUUCUAGGAUAUGAUAUUGAAAUGCAGCCAAAAGGAUCAGAAGACUGGGUAGUAGCAACUACUACUAAAAUCUGUGAGGGAACAGUCACAGGACUUAGUGCUGGUCAAGAGUACCUCUUUAGAGUGUUGGCCUACAAUGAUAAAGGAAAGAGUGACCCAAGGCCACUAGCAGCUCCAGUUAUAGCUAAUGAUAUAACAAUUAAACCAAACCUCAAACUGGCUUUCAACACAUACAGUGUGCAAUGUGGUGGAGAACUGAAAGUAGAAAUUCCAGUAACAGGUCGUCCAACACCAAAGGUCACGUGGACUAAAGAUGGCAACUCAUUAAAAGAGACAACUAGACUAAAUGUAUCAAGCACAGCAACAGCAACAGUUCUUAGCAUCAAAAAUGCCAUUAGAGAGGAUUCUGGCAAAUAUAUAAUAACAGCUAUAAGCAAUGUAGGCUCAGUCUCAGAGGAAAUUGGUGUAAUUAUCUUAGACAAGCCUGGUCCACCUGUUGGCCCUGUUAAAAUUGAUGAAGUAAGUGCCAACUAUGUAAUAAUUUCAUGGGAACCACCAGUGUAUAUUGGUGGUUGUCAGAUAAACAAUUACAUUGUGGAAAAAAGAGACACAACUACUACAGCCUGGCAGAUUGUAUCAGCAACCAUUGCACGCACAACAAUCAAAAUCUCUAAUCUGAAAACUGGUUCAGAAUAUCAGUUUAGAGUGUUUGCUGAGAACAGAUAUGGAAAGAGUUCAUCUUUAGACUCAGUACCGGUUAUCGUUAGCUAUCCUUUCAGUGAACCUGCAGCACCUGGUACACCAUUUGUGUCCUCUGUGACAAAGGAUCACAUGACAGUUGAAUGGAAGCCACCUAAUAAUAAUGGAGGCAGUCCUAUUCUUGGAUAUCAUAUUGAGCGGAAAGAGAAGAACAGCAUUCUCUGGACAAAACUUAACAAGCUUCUUGUCACUGAUACUCGAUUCAAAACAAAUGGUCUUGAGGAGGGCAUUGAGUAUGAAUAUAAAGUAUUUGCUGAAAAUAUUGCAGGAAUAAGUCCAUCUAGCAAAGUUUCUGAAAGCAUUGUGGCACGUGAUCCAUGUGAUCCACCUGGAAAUCCGGAGGCUAUUGUUAUCACUAGAAACCUUGUCACACUUCAAUGGACAAAGCCUCAAUAUGAUGGAGGCAGUGUAAUCACAGGUUAUAUUGUUGAGAGGAAAAAGCUACCUGAUGGUCGUUGGAUGAAGGCUAGCUUUACAAAUAUAAUUGACACUCAAUAUACAAUUGCAGAAUUGACAGAAGGAGACCGUUAUGAAUUCAGAGUAAUAGCAAGAAAUGCUGCAGGCAUUUUAAGUGAACCUUCUGAAAGCACUGGACCAAUUACUGCACAGGAUGAAAUUGAAGCCCCUUCAGUUUCGAUGGACUCAAAAUUCAAGGAUAUCAUUAUUGUGAAUGCUGGUGAGACAUUUACUAUUGAUGCUGAUAUUGCAGGCAAACCCCUCCCAGAUAUAAAGUGGCUAAAGGAUGGAAAAGAAAUUGAUAGUGCUACUCCAAGAAUGGAAAUUAAAUCCACUAUUACACAUACUGUUUUAAUCGUUAAAGAUUGCAUAAGAGUAGAUGGUGGACAUUUUGUCCUAAGCCUCAGCAAUGUGGGUGGAACAAAACUGGUCCCUGUAAAUGUCAAGGUUUUAGAUAGACCUGGUCCACCAGAUGGACCUCUGAAGGUAACAGGCGUCAAAGCAGAGAAAUGUUAUCUACACUGGAGCCAUCCAACACAUGAUGGUGGAGCAGGUGUUUCACAUUACAUUAUUGAAAAGAGGGAAACAAGCAGACUGUCUUGGACUACAGUAGAACCCAAAAUUCAAGCUAUCAGUUAUAAAGUCACCAAACUCUUGCCAGGUAAUGAGUACAUCUUUAGAGUCAUGGCAGUAAACAAGUAUGGAAUCGGAGAACCACUUGAAUCUGAACCAGUUAUUGCACAAAAUCCCUUUAAGACUCCUGGCCCACCGUCAACUCCAGAAGCAACUGCAAUCACUAGAGAUUCAAUGGUGCUCACAUGGGACCGUCCAGAAGAUGAUGGCGGUUCAAUAAUUGAGGGUUAUAUACUGGAGAAGCGUGAUAAAGAAGGUGUCCGAUGGACAAAGUGCAACAGAAAAAGACUAUCUGAUCUGCGUUUCAGAGUCACAGGAUUAACAGAAGGACACUCUUAUGAAUUCAGAGUGUCUGCCGAAAAUGCUGCAGGUGUUGGCACACCAAGUGGAGAAUCUGAAUAUUACAAAGCAUGUGAUGCAACCUAUCCUCCUGGCCCUCCAAACAAUCCCAAAGUGACAGACCAUUCAAGUACAACUGUUUCCCUUACAUGGAGUAGGCCUAUAUAUGAUGGUGGUGCACCGGUAUCUGGAUAUAUUGUUGAGAUGAAAGAAGCCUUGGAUGAUGAAUGGACAUUAUGUACACCAACCACUGGUGUACAAACAACUCACUUUACCGUGAAAAACCUGAAGGAAAAUGCAGAAUACAACUUCCGUAUUUGUGCCAUUAAUAUUGAAGGUGCUGGAGAUCAUGUUGAUGUUCCAGGCUCUGUAAUUGCUGCAGAGACACUUGAAGCCCCAGAAGUAGAGUUAGAAGCUGAUCUGAGGAAAAUGGUGACUGUUCGUGCAAGUGCAACACUACGUUUGUUUGUUACCAUCAGGGGAAGGCCUGAUCCAGAAGUAAAAUGGACAAAGGCUGAGGGUCCCUUAACAGAACGUGCCCAAGUUGAAGUCACAAGCUCUUACACCAUGCUUGUUAUUGACAAUGUUGACAGAUUUGACAGUGGUAAAUAUAUUUUAACUCUUGAAAACAACAAUGGCAACAAAUCUGCAUUCAUUAAUGUCAGAGUCCUGGACUCCCCAAGCAGUCCUAUGAACUUUGUUGUUAAAGAUAUCAAAAGAGACUCAGUCCAGCUGCAGUGGGACCCUCCACAUAUUGAUGGCGGUGCCAAGAUUACCCAUUACAUUGUGGAGAAACGUGAAUCUAAAAGAAUGGCAUUUACAACUGUGACUAAUAACUGUGUCAGGAAUUCUUUCAGGGUUGAUGGUCUCCAAGAGGGAGGUGUUUAUCACUUCCGUGUACUUGCAGUGAACGAACUUGGUGUUGGCCUGCCAGCAACCAUCACAGAACCAGUCAAAGUGUCCCAAGCACCUCUGCCACCGGGUAAAGUUACACUUGUUGAUGUAACUCGGCACAGUGUGAGUCUUUCUUGGGAAAAGCCAGACCAUGAUGGUGGUAGCAAGAUAACAGGUUACACUGUUGAGAUGUUGACUAAAGGAUCAGAUAAAUGGACUGUAUGCACAACAGUAAGAAUGCCUGAAGCUACAAUUGAAGGUCUUACAACAGGGGAGGAAUAUUCAUUCAGAAUUUCUGCCAUAAAUGACAAAGGAAAGAGUGAUCCUAAACCACUGGGAGCACCUGUGGUUGCCAAAGAUAUAACUAUUGAACCUGUUAUUGACUUGCUAUUUAAUACAUACAGUGUUAAAUCUGGAGAAGAUCUCAAAAUUGAUGUUCCGUUUAGAGGUAGACCUCACCCAGAAGUGGCAUGGAAGAAGGAUGGCCAUACCCUGAAGCAAACAACCAGAGUAAAUGUUCUUUCAUCCAAAAUUUCUUCAAAGAUUACCAUCAAAGAUGCAACAAGGGAAGAUGCUGGAAAAUACGAAAUCACACUAACUAAUUCGGUUGGUGUGAAAUCAGCUGAAAUAACAGUUAUCAUUCUAGACAAACCAGGUCCACUAACUGCGAUUAGAGUAGAUGAAGUAAGUGCGGAUUACAUUUCAUUAUCGUGGGAUCCUCCAGUUUAUGAUGGUGGAUGUCAAAUCAACAAUUAUGUUGUUGAGAAGAGAGAUACAACCACUACAACAUGGCAAAUUGUUUCAGCUACAGUGGCAAGGACAUCGAUAAAAAUACCCCAUUUGUCACAGGGAACUGAAUAUCAAUUCCGUAUUGCUGCUGAAAAUCGUUACGGCAAAAGUCAUGCUAUUGACUCUGCGCCAAUUGUUGCACAAUAUCCCUUCACACCACCUGGCCCUCCAAGCGACCUUCAAAUCGUUCAUACAACAAAGUCAAGCAUGUUGGUUACAUGGAAAAAACCAGCCAGUGAUGGUGGAAGUCCAGUCAUUGGGUAUCAUUUGGAAUGCAAGGGACAAAGCAGUAUCCUCUGGACUAAGGUCACCAGGGGUCUUGUUUCUGACUUACAGUUUAAAGUAACUGGUCUUGAAGAGGGACUUCUCUAUCAGUACAGAGUAUAUGCAGAAAAUAUUGCAGGAACUGGACCUUGCACAAAAGCCUGUGAACCUGUUGCUGCAAGAGAUCCUUGUGAUCCCCCAGGUCAGCCAGUUGUUACUAACAUAACAAGAACGUCUGUGUCUCUGUCCUGGGCAAAACCUGAAAAUGAUGGUGGUGCCAAAGUAACUGGUUACAUUGUAGAGCGAAGAGAACUACCAGAUGGCCGUUGGUUGAAAUCCAACUUCACCAAUCUUCAAGAAACAUUCUUUGAUGUUACUGGCCUGAUUGAAGAUCAGAGAUAUGAUUUCCAUGUAAUUGCUAAGAAUGCAGCCGGUAUACUUAGUCAGCCAUCAGAGUGUACAGGACCUGUUACAGUGAAAGAUGAUGUCGAUCCUCCACGUAUUACAAUUGAGGACAAACUCAGACAACUAGUUGUAGUCAAAGCUGGAGAUAUAAUAAGAAUUGAUGCUGAAAUUUCCGGCAGACCAGCUCCUGUGAUUUCAUGGGCGAAGGAUGGAAAAGAAAUAGAUUCUAAAGCAAGAGUUGAAAUUUCUUCAACAUUCACAACCACAACACUUAUUGUUAGAGAGACCAUCAGAAGAGACUCUGGACAGUAUGUUCUCACAUUAAAGAAUGUUGCUGGUACCAGAUCUUUAGCAGUGAACUGUAAAGUCCUUGAUAGACCUGGUCCAUCAUCUGGCCCAUUGGAAGUAACAGGUAUGACAGCAGAAAAAUGCACAUUAUCUUGGGGACCACCCCAAGAAAAUGGUGGUGCUGAAGUUCAACACUAUAUUGUUGAGAAGCGUGAAACAAGUCGUAUUGCCUGGACAUUAGUCUAUGCAGACAUGAAGGCCACAACAUGCAAAGUUACAAAACUGCUUAAAGGCAAUGAAUAUGUUUUCAGAGUCCAGGGAGUAAAUAAAUAUGGAACAGGAGAAUCUCUGGAGAGUGAGCCCAUAAAAGCCCUAGAUCCAUUUACAGUACCUGCUGCACCAACAAAUGUUGAAGUCACAAGUGUUUCAAGCGAAGCUAUGACAAUCUGCUGGGAAAGGCCUGUUUCUGAUGGUGGCAAUAGUAUUUGUGGCUAUGUAAUAGAAAAACGUGAAAAGUCAGGUCUUCGCUGGGUUCGAGUCAACAAAAAGCCUGUUUAUGACUUGAGGGUUAAAGCCUCCAAUCUCCGUGAAGGAUGUGAAUAUGAAUACCGUGUGUAUGCAGAAAAUUCUGCAGGUUUGAGUGCACCAAGUCUUCCUUGCCCAUUGACAAAAGCAGAGGAUCCAUUAUUCUUGCCAUCUCCACCACUGAAACCAAAGGUAAUUGAUUCUACAAAGUCCACAGUAACACUCUCCUGGAACAAGCCAUUGUUUGAUGGUGGAUCUCCAGUUACAGGAUACUCAGUUGAAUAUAGGAAAACCAAUGAAGAGGACUGGAUUGUUGGGGUGCAGCACACUAAUAACACUGAGUUUACAGUUGUAGGGCUGACAUCAGGAGCAGAAUAUGUCUUUGUGGUUAGGUCAGUUAAUAAAAUUGGUUCAAGUGAGCCAAGCCCUGAGACUGACCCACAGGUAGCAAAGGACAGAGAAGAUGAGCCUGUUUUCCUCAUUAGUAAUGAAAUGCGAAAAUCAUUGAUUGUCAAAGAUGGCAGCUCAUUUACCCUAAGAGUCCCUUUCAAGGGGAAGCCUGUGCCAAAUGUAAUGUGGAACAAGCCUGAUGUUGAUCUUAGAGUUCGGGCAACAAUUGAUACCACAGAUAAUUGUACAUCUGUAACAAUUGAGCAAGCUACAAGAAAUGACUCAGGCAAGUACACUGUGACUCUACAAAAUGUUGCUGGAACGGCCACACUAACCUUGAAUGUGAAAGUGCUCGAUUCACCUGGGCCACCUGGCAGUAUCUCAGUUAAGGAAGUGACCAAAAACUCUGCAACAGUGACAUGGGACAUGCCAGAAAAUGAAGGUGGUGCUCCUGUUAAGAACUAUCUUGUUGAUCUGCGUGAGGCAAGCAAAAAAGGAUGGACAAGAGUAACACAAUGGUGUCCCAGACUUACCUUUAAAGUAACUGACCUUCAGGAGGGUGGCGUUUAUUUUUUCAGAGUCACAGGUGAAAAUGAAUAUGGAAUUGGAGUACCAGUUGAAAGUACGGAAGGAACUAAGAUUACAGAAAAACCAAGUCCACCAGAAAAGCUUGGAGUAAUUGAUGUUUCAAAAGAUACUGUCUCAUUAGCUUGGAUUAAACCUGAGCAUGAUGGAGGUAGUAGAAUUACCAAUUACCGGGUGGAUGCUCUGGAGAAAGGACAACAGAAGUGGAUAAAAUGUGGUGAUACUAAAUCAACUCAAUUUGUUGUCUAUGGGUUAAGAGAAAAUGCUGAAUACUACUUUAGAGUCCGUGCUGAAAAUCAUGCCGGACUUAGUGACCCUAAAGACAUGGUUCUGCCUGUUCUUGUUAAAGAUCAACUAGAGGCUCCUGAAAUUAACAUGAAGAACUUUCAACACAAUACUGUCCAUGUAAAGGCAGGUUCAAAUCUUAAAGUAGAAAUCCCACUUACCGGUAAACCUUUACCAAAUGUGUCACUCUCAAAGGAUAAUCAUAGUCUGAAAUCAACCAUGAGGUUCAAUUCUGAAGUAACACCUGACUGCCUCAUCAUCACCCUCCGUGAUAGUGUUGCAAAUGAUGCAGGCAGAUAUGACAUUACAGCCUCAAACUCAAGUGGAACCACCAAGUCCUUUGUUAAUAUUGUUGUUCUGGACAGACCAAGUCCACCUGUUGGUCCAGUUGAGUUGUGUGAUAUCACAGAUGACAGUGUAAGUCUGAAAUGGCUCCCUCCUACUUAUGAUGGUGGCAGUCCAAUCACCAACUAUAUUGUGCUAAAACGUGAAACAACAACAGCAAACUGGGUUGAAGUUUCAUCGGCAGUUGCAAGAUGCACAAUUAAGAUUUUGAAACUAACUACUGGAAUUGAGUAUCAGUUCAGAAUUAAGGCUGAAAAUCGCUUUGGCAUCAGUGAUCACAUCGAUUCUCCAACUGUAACAGUCAGUCUUCCAUACACAAUUCCUGAUGCACCUUCAACACCAUGGGUAUCUUUUGUCACUAAAGAAAGUAUUACCGUCAAUUGGAAAGAACCUUCUUCUGAUGGAGGAAGUCAUAUAUUUGGAUAUCACCUUCAAAUGAAAGACAAAAAUAGUAUUUUGUGGACGAAAGUCAACAAAUCUGUUAUCCGUGCUACACAUUUCAAAGUGACAAACAUCAGUCCAGGUCUAAUCUAUGAGUUCAAGGUUGCAGCAGAAAAUGCUGCUGGCAUUGGUGCUGUCAGCAAAAUUUCAGAUGCUGUACUAGCAAUUGAUGCUUGUGAACCACCAACUGAUGUCCGUGUCACAGAUAUCACAAAGAGUUCAAUAAGCCUUGCAUGGAGUAAACCGUCUUAUGAUGGUGGAAGCAAAGUGACAGGGUACAUAAUUGAGAAGAAAGAUGGUCCAAAUGGCAAAUGGUUCAAAACUAAUUUAUCAAAGAUUUCUGACACCAGGUUCACUGUAUCAGGACUCAUUCAAGAUGAAUCUUAUGAAUUUCGGGUCUUGGCUAAGAAUGCAGUUGGCUCUGUCAGUAACCCAUCUGUUACUGUUGGGCCAGUUACAUGUGUGGAUACCUUUGGUGCUCCUGAAAUUGAACUUUCUCAGGAAUACCUGGAUGUUGUAAAAUACAAAGCAGGAGAUACCAUCCAGCUUAGAGUUGGUAUUAUUGCUAAACCUCAGCCAACAAUUGAAUGGUACAAAGAUGGAAAAGAGCUGGAAUCAGGAGCUGAGUUCAUGAUUUCAAACACAGCUGAUUCUUCAUGCAUUUCAGUAAAGAAUGCUACACGUAUAAACAGUGGAACAUAUGAACUCAAGAUCAAGAACUCUUUGGGCUCAGCAUACGCUGCUAUCAGAGUACUUAUUCAAGACAAACCUGGACCCCCUUCGGGAGAGAUUCAGUUUAAGAAGAUCACAGCAGAUAGUAUAACUAUCAUGUGGGAUCCUCCAGCUGAUGAGGGCGGUGCAAUGGUUACCCAUUACAUUGUGGAGAAACGUGAGAGCAGCAGAAUCAUGUGGUCUAUAAUAUCUGAGAAACUGGAAGACUGCAUAAUCUCUGUUUCAAGGCUGAUCAAAGGAAAUGAGUACAUCUUCCGUGUUCGUGGGGUGAACAAAUACGGAGUUGGAGAUCCUUUAGAAUCUGAGCCUGUCAUUGCACAGAAUUCAUUUGUACCUCCGAGCCAACCUUCCAAACCUCAGGUAACCUUGAUUACUAAAUCAACAAUGACUGUCAUAUGGGAAAGACCAAAUCUAGAUGGUGGCAGUGACAUCGAUGGAUAUUAUCUGGAAAAGCGAGAAAAGAAGAGUCUACAAUGGUUCAAGGUCUCCAAAGAUCCAAUUCGUGAUACAAGGCAAAAAGUCAGCAAUCUCACAGAGGGAAAUGAGUAUCAGUAUCGCGUUUGUGCAAUAAAUAAAGCUGGUGCAGGUCAAUACUCUGAUGGAUCCAUCUUCUAUAAAGCAUAUGAUCCCAUUGAUCCGCCAAGUGAGCCAACAAAACUUAAAGUUGUUGAUUCAACAAAGACUUCAAUUAUACUUGGAUGGGUGAAGCCUGUGUAUGAUGGUGGCAGUGAAAUCACAAGCUAUGUAGUUGAGCAAAUGACAGCUGAAGAAAAGGAGUGGGUCACUAUAAGCUCUAAGGGUGAAGUAAGAACCACAGAGUAUGUGGUCUCCCAUUUAAAACCUGGAGUGUUCUAUUAUUUCCGCAUUUCUGCUGUUAACUGUGCUGGAGUUGGACGCCCAAUUGAAUUGAUUCAGCCAGUACAAGCUAAGGAUAUUCUAGAGGAAGCUGAUGUUGAUCUUGAUAUUUCAAUGUCAACUCAAUAUACAGCAAAGGCUGGAAGAGAUGUGGAAAUCAUGAUUCCUCUAAAAGGCAGGCCUGUACCGAAUGUUACAUGGCGAAGAGGAGAUAGGAAUAUUGGUGGAGAUGCAAAAUACACAAUUAAUAACACGGAGUAUUCAACAACACUCAUUAUUCCAAAGGUCACUCGGGAUGAUUCAGGCAAAUAUCUCCUUCAGAUUGAGAAUGGAGUUGGUGAACCAAAGAAUAUUACUGUGUCUGUUAAGGUAUUAGACUCACCCUCUGCUUGUAGUAAGUUGGUAGUGAAAAAUGUUACCCGUGGUAAACUCACUCUGAGCUGGGAUCCUCCAAUUAUUGAUGGUGGAGCUCCAAUAACAAAUUACAUUGUUGAGAAGAAGGAUGCUAAACUCAAAGCUUACUCCAUAGUUACAACUGAAUGUGCCAAUACAUCAUACAAGAUUGAAGGCCUUUCAGAAGAGAUUGCCUAUUUCUUCCGUGUGUCUGCUGAAAAUGAAAAUGGCACUGGCGAUACUUGUGAGACUACAGAACCUGUUAGAGCAACAGAGACUCCUGGUCCUGUAAAGAAUCUUGUCAUGAUUGACUCAACUAAUACAUCUGUAACAUUGGCAUGGACAAAACCUGAUCAUGAUGGUGGCAGCCAUAUUUCUGAGUACAUCAUUGAAAUUAGGGAAGACGAUGCUGUGAAAUGGAGCCUUGGUGGUACAUGUAGAUGUUGCAAGUAUGAGUUAACAAAUCUUAAAGAGCUCUCAGAGGUUUUCCUCAGAGUGUAUGCCAAGAAUGAGAAAGGUUGCAGUGACUUCUCUCAAAUUGGACCCAUUACUGUGAAGGAAUUCUUAAUUCCACCAGAAGCUAAACUUUCUGACUAUCCUAAUGGUGAAUUAAAUGUCAGAAUUGGACAAAAUGUGAACAUUGAAUUGCCAUACAAGGGCAAGCCCAAACCUGCAAUUCAGUGGAUGAAAGAUGAUUUUCCAUUGAAGGAAAGUGAACAGGUUCGCUUCAGACAAACAGAAAAUAAAGCUAGUCUAAUUGUGAGAAAUGCAAGAAAGGAGAAUGCAGGAAAAUACACUCUGGUACUUGAUAAUAAACUUGUGAAGAACUUCUUUGACAUUAAGGUCAUCACUCUUGGGCCACCCUCUGCACCAGUAGGACCCAUCCAAUUUGACGAAAUCAAAGCACAGAGCAUUAUUAUCUCAUGGAAUGAGCCACAGGAUGAUGGUGGUGGAGAAAUCACCUGCUACAGUGUGGAAAAAAGGGAGACUUCUCAAGCAUCUUGGAAAAUUGUUUGUUCAAGUGUGGUCAGGACAACAUUCAAGAUAUCCAAUCUGGUUAAGGACACUGAAUACCAAUUCAGAGUACGUGCAGAGAACAAAUAUGGAGUAAGUGAUCCUCUCAACUCAGUGGAUGUUGUUGCCAAACAUCAGUAUAAACCACCAGGUCCACCAGGAAAACCUGUUGUAUGCAAUGUCACAAGUGAUGGCAUGACUGUUUCAUGGGAUGCACCCAGCUUCGAUGGUGGUUCUCCUAUUACUGGCUACCAUCUUGAGAAGAAAGACAGAAACAGCCUUCUGUGGAUGAAAGUGAAUUCCAAUGUCAUCUCUGGAAGAGAGUAUAGGGCCAUUGGGCUCAUUGAAGGUCUGGAAUAUUCAUUUAGAGUGUAUGCUCAGAAUAAUGCUGGCAUGAGUUCAGUCAGUGAGCAAAGCAAGCACAGACUUGCCAUUUCUCCUGUUGAUCCUCCUGGCACACCCAACUGCAUUGAUGUCACAAGAGAUUCUGUCACACUUCAGUGGGAGCCCCCUAAACGUGAUGGAGGCAGUAGGAUUGUGGCAUACAGUGUUGAGAGACGCCAAGGAAGAGCACGCUGGCUGAGAUGCAAUUUUAUUGAUAUCAGCGAAUGUCAGUUUACAGUGACAGAACUUGCUUGUGGUGACCGGUUUGAAUUUAGAGUGAUUGCCAGAAAUGCCGUUGGAACAGUCAGUCCACCAUCACAAUCAUCUGGCUAUAUCAUGACCAAGGAUGAAUGUGUUAUCCCUCAGAUUCAGUUUGUUGCUGAAAAGACUCUGACAAUUAAGGCUGGAGAAAACAUCAAACUAAGUUGCACUAUUAGUGGGCGUCCUGUGCCUCAGGUUACAUGGUUUAAGGAUGGGAAACAGCUUGACAAAAUGCUUGUUGAUAUCACAACCAAUAUUGGAUCCAGCUCCCUGUUCAUUAGAGAUGCUGAUCGUAAUGACCGUGGAAUCUAUACGGUUGAAGCCAAAAACAGCUCUGGAACAACAAAGGAGGAUGUUCUUGUUAGAGUACAAGAUACUCCUGGACCACCUGAGGGCCCACUUCGCUUCACCAGUAUCUCUGCUGAGAAGGCAACACUAUGGUGGAGUCCCCCAGAGAAUGAUGGCUGUGCAGCAAUCACUCAUUAUGUAAUUGAAAAGCGUGAGACCUCCCGUAUUUCUUGGGCACUUGUUGCAUCUAAAUGUGAAGCCUGCUCUUUCAAUGCCACCAAGUUGAUCAAGGGCAAUGAGUAUCAGUUCCGUGUUUCUGCUGUCAACGCUUUUGGUGUUGGCAAAUCACUGGAAUCAGAUCCAGUUGUUGCUAAAAUGCAAUACACUGUACCAGAUGCUCCUGGAACACCUGACUGCAGUCAUGUGACAGGAAACAGUCUUACACUCUGCUGGACAAGACCAAGACAUGAUGGUGGAAAUGAGAUAAAGAACUAUAUCCUUGAAAGAAGAGAGAAGAAAAGUUUACAAUGGGUAAAAGUUUCAGCAAAAAGACCAAUCACAGAGCUCAGACACAGAGUUACAAACUUGACUGAAGGAAAUGAAUAUGAAUUCCGUGUUAUGGCUGAAAAUGGGGCUGGUAUAGGACCACCAAGCGAAGUAUCAAGACUAUUUAAGUGCAGAGAACCUACAAGUGCACCUAGCGCACCAACAGUGGUAAAAGUCAUUGACUCAACAAAGACCUCUGUGACCCUGGAAUGGACCAAACCAGUCUUUGAUGGUGGUAUGGAAAUUAUUGGCUAUAUUAUUGAGAUGUGCAAAGCCAGUCUUGAAGAAUGGCACAGAGUCAAUAACCAGACUUGUAUCCAUACCACAUACACAGUUUCAGAUUUAGAACCAGGUGAAGAGUACAAAUUCCGUGUGUAUGCUGUUAAUGGUGCUGGAAAGGGAGAGGCAUCUGAGAUUGCAAAUGCAGUACAGACAGUUGACCGACUGACAUCACCAGAGAUUGACAUUGAUGCAGAUUUCAAACAGACACAUGUUGUUAAAAAUGGAGGAACAGUAAUUCUUAAAAUCCCUUUUCGUGGUAAGCCUACACCCCUGGCUACAUGGACAAAAGCAGGUGAAGAACUUGGUGUAAUGGUAGAUAUUAAUAGUACAGAUACAUUGAGCACAUUAACAAUUGAAAACUGUACAAGAUAUGAUGCUGGCAAAUACACACUUUCUCUUGAGAACAACAGCGGUCGUAAAUCCAUUACAUUAACAGUAAAAGUAUUGGACACACCAGGACCACCAGGUCCCCUCUCAUUCAAGGAUGUAACCAGAGGAGCUAUGACUCUCAUGUGGGAUGCUCCAUCCACUGAUGGAGGUGCUCGUGUUCAUCAUUAUAUUAUUGAAAAACGUGAAGCAAGUCGCCUGAGCUGGCAGGAGGUCAGUUUCAAGUGUACACGCCAAAUUCUCCGAGUAACCAAUCUUGAAUUUGGUGUAGCAUAUUUCUUCAGGGUCACAGCUGAAAAUCAGUAUGGUAUAGGUGAGCCUUAUGAAAUGUCAGAACCUAUUAUUGCCACUGAGGAGCCUGCACCACCCAAGAGGCUGGACAUUAUUGAUACUACAUCUACAACAGCCAGCUUAGUAUGGAUGAAACCUGAGCAUGAUGGUGGAAGUCGUAUCACAGGAUACAUUGUUGAGACCAGAAAGAAAGGCUCUGAUCACUGGGUUGUUGGUGGCCAAACAAAAUCUUUGAAGAUGGUCUUGGAGGGCUUGGUUGAGAAUACAGAAUAUGAAUUCCGUGUCAAAGCAAAAAAUGAUACUGGUCUCAGUUAUCCAAGGGAUGCACUUACCUCAGUUAUCAUCAAAGAACCUCGCAUUGAGCCAACUGCAGACCUGAGUGGUAUCAGCAAACAGCUUAUUACCUGUAAGACUGGCAAUUCAUUUGCCAUUGAUAUCCCCAUAAGUGGCAGACCAGCUCCAAAAGUAACCUGGAAGCUUGAGGAAAUAAAACUAAAGGAAACAGAUAGAGUCUCUAUCAAAACGUCUAAUGUGAAAACCACCCUACUGGUUAAGGAUGCCAAGAGAGGGGACAGUGGAAAAUAUUACCUUACUCUAGAGAAUGCAGCUGGAGCAAAGACAUUCAGUAUCACUGUAAAUGUCUUUGGCAGACCAAGCCCAGUAACUGGCCCAAUUGAAAUUUCAGGAAUCACAUCAGAAUCCUGUGUAUUGACAUGGGCUGAGCCUACAGAUGAUGGUGGAUCAGAUAUAACUAACUAUAUAGUUGAGAAACGUGAAUCUGGUCAAACGUCAUGGCAGGUUGUGAACUCAAGUGUGAAACGACCAACGAUUAAAAUCACUCAUUUGACAAAAUACAUGGAGUACACGUUCCGUGUAUGUGCAGAGAACAAGUUUGGUGUUAGCAAACCAAUUGAAUCUCAAGCUAUUGUGGCAGAACAUCCAUUUGUACCUCCAAGCCCACCUACACGUCCAGAGGUGGUUUUAAUAUCUGCUAAUGCCAUUUCUAUUAAAUGGGAUGUCCCAUAUCAUGAUGGUGGAAGCAAGGUGACUGGAUACUGGAUUGAGAAGAAAGAGCGCAACACAAUUUUAUGGACACGGGAAAAUAAAAUCCCAUGCAUUGAUUGCAGUUAUAAGGUCUCCAAUCUUAUUGAAGGGCUUGAAUAUCAGUUCCGUGCAUAUGCCAUGAACAUUGCCGGUCUAAGCAAAGCCAGUGAAGCUUCAAGACCAGUGCUGGCUUUAAAUCCAGUUGAUCCACCUGGCAAACCAGAAGUAUAUGACAUUACAAGAUCCUCAGUUUCUAUAAAAUGGUCUGUUCCGUUGAGUGAUGGUGGCAGCAAACUUGUUGGAUAUAUAGUUGAACGCAAGGCAUCCACUGAUGCUGAUGAAACUCGUUGGCUGAAAUGCAACUACACUACAAUCACAGACAAUUUAUUCACUGUAACAUCACUUGAAGAAGGAGCAGUUUAUGAAUUCCGUGUCAUUGCUAAAAAUUGUGCAGGAGUUCACAGUAUGCCAUCAGAAUCAACAGGCCCUGUCACAUGCAAGGACGAAUACACACCACCAAAGGCUGAGUUGGACAGCAAACUUGUUGGUGAGACAGUAACUAUUAGGGCUGGAUCAGACCUUGUUCUUGAUGCUGCAAUAGGUGGCAAACCUGAACCCAGAGUAUGCUGGUCUAAGGGUGAUAUGGAGUUGGAGCUUGGUGAUAAGUACUCAUUGACAUACACUAGUACAAGAGCUAUGGCAAUCAUCAAAUCCUGUAACAGGAAUGAUACAGGAAAAUAUAUAUUGUCUGUCAAGAAUGCCAGUGGAAUCAAAACAGCAGCUGUCAAUGUUAAAGUUCUUGAUACCCCUGGUCCUCCAGAUGGUAAGAUAACAAUCAGCAGGGUCACAGAAGAAAAAUGCACCGUUUCUUGGAAGAUACCUCUUGAAGAUGGAGGAGAUUUUAUUUCUCACUACAUUGUUGACAGACGUGAGACCAGUAGGCUCAAUUGGGUUAUUAUGGAGUCUGAAUGCAAGACACUUUCUUGUGUCAGUACAAAACUAAUCAAGAACAAUGAAUAUAUAUUCCGUGUCAGAGGUGUUAACAAAUAUGGAGCUGGAGUACCGCUAGAAUCUGAACCAAUUAUUGCAAGAAAUGCAUAUACUGUUCCAACAUCUCCUGGAACACCAGAAAUUACAGCUGUUGGAAAGCAACAUGUCAUUAUUGAGUGGCUGAAACCAGGGAAUGAUGGUGGUAGUGAAAUAAAAAAUUACCUUGUGGAUAAACGUGAGAAGAGCAGUGUGAGAUGGACCAGAGUAAACAAGACAUUCACCAUCUAUGACACAAGACUCAAGAUAACAGGUCUUUAUGAGGGAAGUGAAUACCAAUUCCGUGUUGCAGCUGUUAAUUCUGCUGGCACAAGCAUACCAAGUGAAGGCUCUGAAUAUGCUCUUUGCAGAGAUCCAACUUAUACCCCGGCUCCUCCAUCAACUCCCCGCAUAACUGAUACUACCAAACACAGCAUUACAAUGACAUGGACCAGGCCUAUGUAUGAUGGUGGUUCAGAUGUCAUUGGCUAUAUUGUUGAGAUUCUAGAAGAGGGAACUGAACAGUGGUAUAGAGCCACCCAGAAGAUCCUGACUACUUCUGAAUAUACUGCAGCUGGUUUAACAAGCAACAAGAAGUACAGUUUCAGAGUGGCAGCAGUGAACUCCAUGGGCACUGGAGAGUUCAGUGAAGGCAGUGUGGAGACUGCACCCACAGAAAGAGUUGAAAUUCCUGAUAUUGAAUUACCUGAAGAACUGAGGAAAACAGUUUGUCUGAGAGCAGGUAGCAAUUUACGUCUCAGUGCAAAUAUACUUGGAAGACCACCUCCAGUUGUUACCUGGAGAAAGACUGGCAUAGACCUUCAGUCACGGGGCUACAUUGACACAACAGAAAGCACUACAACUUUAUUAGUGGAGAAGGUUCACCGUUAUGAUGCUGGAAAAUACACAAUCGAGGCUGAAAAUCCAUCUGGCAAGAAGACAAUUACUAUUCUUGUCAAGAUAUAUGAUUCCCCUGGUCCUUGUGGUGCAGUCAAGGUCAAGGAUUACACUAAAGAGUCAGUUGUCAUUACAUGGGAUGUCCCUACUAUUGAUGGAGGGGCUCCUAUCAACAACUACAUAAUUGAACACCGUGAAGCAUCAAUGAAAUCUUAUAAAACAGUGACAAUGGAAUGCAAGAAGACAUUGUACAGAAUCACUGGGUUAGAGGAAGGAACACGAUACUUCUUCAGAGUACUGCCUGAAAACAUAUAUGGUAUUGGAGAACCUUGUGAAACCACUGAUUCUGUGCUGGUAUGUGAAAUUCCUUCUGUUCCUCAAGAUUUGCAAGUCAUUGACAUUACAAAAUCUACUGUCGUUCUUGCCUGGGAGAAACCACUUUAUGAUGGUGGCAGCAAACUAACAGGUUAUGCUAUUGAAGCCUGUAAGCAAGGAACUGACCGAUGGAUGAAUGUUGCUAAUGUAAAAGCAUCAGUUUUUCAGCACACGAUAGAUUCUCUGAAUGAGAAUGAGCAAUACUUAUUUAGAAUCAAAGCUGAGAACAGCAGGGGGGUCAGUGAGCCCAGAGACCUGAUGACACCUAUAACUAUUCAAGAACAGAGAGUUAUGCCAAAGAUUGAUCUGGCUGGCAUUCCUCAAAAGAUUGUAAAUGUUCAUGCCGGCAAGCCAAUUGUGCUCAACAUUCCUAUCACUGGAAGACCUACACCAACUUGUUCGUGGUUCUUUGGUGGCAUUAAGAUGAAAGACAAGCUUGACCGUAUUAAAAUUGAGACAACUGCUAAAUACACUAAAUUAACGGUUCGUGAAACUACGCUUGAUGAUACUGGUGACUAUACUCUUGAAGUAAAGAAUAUAACAGGAGUAGCUAAAGAAAUUAUCCAAGUCAUCAUUCUUGACAAACCUGGCAUUCCAGUUGGGCCUAUGAGAAUUGAUGAAAUUGAUGCCAAUUCUGUAACAUGCAGUUGGGAACCACCAGAGAAAGAUGGCGGUGCCAAUAUUAGUGGCUAUGUGGUUGAACAACGAGAUGCCCAUCGCCCUGGUUGGCUUACUAUUUCUGAAUCUGUCACAAGACCCACAUUCAAAUACACUAGACUCACUGAGGGAACAGAAUAUGUGUUCCGUGUGGCUGCAACAACUCGUUUUGGCAUUGGUGCAUUCCUUCAAUCUGAAGUUGUUGAAUGCAAGAGUAUCAAGACUGUUCCUGGUGCACCAAGCACACCUGAAAUAUUUGAUGUGUCCCAUGAUGGUAUGACACUCACGUGGAUACCACCAGAGGUUGAUGGUGGUUCCACACUGGCUGGCUACAUCAUUGAGCGUAAAGAGACUAGAUCUGACAGAUGGGUGCGCAUCAAUAAGAAUGCAGUGACUAUGACAAGAUACAGAUCAACCGGACUAGUUGAAGGUCUUGAAUAUGAGUACAGAGUGACAGCUAUGAACUCUAGAGGCAGUGGCAAACCUAGUCUCAGCUCAAAACCAGUGAUUGCAAUGGAUCCUAUCGAACCUCCAGGCAUUCCUUUGAACCCAAGAGUCACAGAUACAACUAGGACAUCUGUGUCAAUGGCAUGGUCUCCCCCAGAGGAACAGGGAGGUGCAAACAUCACUGGUUACCUAAUAGAGAUGCAGAAAGUUGACCAGAUUGAAUGGACCAAAUGUAAUACAACUCCAACAAAGAUUUGUGAAUACACACUCACGCAUAUGCCCCAAGGUGCUGAGUAUAGGUUCCGUGUGAUGGCAUGUAAUGCUGGUGGAGCUGGAGAACCAGCUGAGAUUCCAGGAGUAGUUAAAGUUACAGAAAUGCUUGAAUAUCCUGAUUAUGAACUGGAUACAAAAUACCAGGAGGGUUAUGUCGUCAGACAAGGUGGAGUUGUCACGCUCUCUGUUCCAAUUAAGGGAAAACCAUAUCCAAUCUGCAAGUGGACAAAGGAAGGACGUGAUAUUUCUCACAGAGCUAUGGUUGCUACCAGUGAAGAACGCACAGAGCUGGUCAUCAAAGAAGCUCACAGGGAUGACACUGGUACCUAUGAUCUGGUGUUGGAGAACAAAUGUGGAAAGAAAGCAGUAUAUAUCAAGGUUAAAGUUAUUGGCCGCCCAGAUCCACCUGAAGGCCCUCUUGAAUUUGAUGAUAUCCAAGCUCGUUCUGUAAGAGUGAGCUGGAGACCUCCCUCAGAUGAUGGUGGCUCUGAUGUUCUUGGGUACAUUGUGGAAAGACGUGAGGUACCAAAGGCAGCAUGGUACACAGUGGACUCUCGAGUGGUUGAAACUUCGCUGGUGGUCAAAGGACUGAAAGAAAAUGUUGAGUACCACUUCAGAGUUUCAGCAGAGAACCAGUUUGGAAUAAGUAGAUCUCUAAAAUCAGAUGAAUCAGUUAUACCAAAGACACCACUCUCUCCACCAGAGCCUCCCAGCUUUCCUCCAGAAAUUAUGGACGUCACAAAAACCACUAUUGGAUUGUCUUGGUCAAGACCAAAGGAUGAUGGUGGCUCUCGUGUCACUGGAUACUAUAUUGAAAGAAGAGAGAUGUCAACUGAAAAAUGGGUGCGUCACAACAAGACUCACAUCACAACCACAAUGUAUACUCUCACUGGCCUUAUCCCUGAUGCAGAGUAUCAGUUCCGUGUGAUUGCUCAAAAUGACAUUGGUCAAAGUGAGCCUGGACCUGUAUCUGAAGCAGUUUUGUGCAAAGAUCCAUUUGAUAAACCAAGCCAACCAGGGGACAUUGACAUAAUCUCAGUUACCAAGGAUUGCAUCACUAUUCAUUGGCUGCGCCCAGAAUUUCUUGGUGGCAAAGAAAUUCUUGGAUAUUGGAUUGAAUUUAGACAAGCAGGUGAAAGUGCCUGGAAAAGAUGCAACAAAGUGCGUUCAAAAGACAGGCAGUUUACCAUGGGUGGUCUCAUGGAGGCAACAGAAUAUGAAUUUAGAGUUUUUGCUGAAAAUGAAACCGGAUUGAGCAGACCCCGUAGAACUGCCAUGGGCAUUAAAACCAAACUGAGUGUUGGAGAAGCACCAAGUCUAAAAGAAGAAAUGAAAGAUAGUACCACAAAUUUGGGAGAAUCUGGAACACUGACUUGCCAAAUUAUUGGAAGACCUCUUCCAGAAAUCAAGUGGUAUAGAUAUGGAAAGGAACUGAUUCAGAGUCGCAAAUACAAAAUGAGCUCUGAUGGCAGAAGUCAUUCUCUCACAGUUGUAACAGAUGAACAAGAGGAUGAAGGUCAGUACACUUGCCGAGCCAUCAAUGAUGCAGGUGAAAUUGAAACCAGUGGCAAGCUUUAUUUGCAGGCUGCACCUCAGUUCCAUCCUGGAUUCCCUUUGAAGGAGAAAUACUAUGCAGGUUGUGGAACAAGCUUGCGUCUCCAUGUUGUCUAUAUUGGACGUCCAAUUCCACAAAUCAUGUGGUUUUAUGGCAAGAAACCUCUAAAUCCAUCAGAGAAUGUUAUUAUUGAAAACACAGAGCAUUACACUCAUUUGGUCGUCAGAAAUGUUCAGCGCAAGACAAACGCUGGCAGGUACAAGGUGCAACUAAGCAACAAAUUUGGUGCAAUUGAUACAGUGCUACGUGUUGAAAUCCAAGAUAAGCCUAUGAUUCCUGAAGGGCCAAUUAUUGUUGAAGCCCUAUUGAAGAACUCUGUUGUCAUAAGUUGGAAAGCACCUAAGGACGAUGGUGGUUCAUUGAUCACUAACUAUAUUGUAGAAAAACGUGAAGCAAAGGAGGGAGAGCAAUGGAAUCUUGUGUCAUCAUUCGUCUCAGGAACCAUAUGUCGGGUUCCAAAUUUAACUGAGAAUGCUGGAUAUUAUUUCCGUGUUUCUGCUCAGAAUCAAUAUGGUGUUAGUGAUUCAUUAGAGAUUCCUGCUGUUGUUAUCAUCAAGAGUCCAUAUGAAAAACCUGGAAUCCCCCAGAAGCCAAUGGUUUCUUCCGUCACAAAAGAUUCCUGUGUUGUUACAUGGAAACCCCCAACCAGUGACGGUGGUGCCAAAAUUAAGAAUUACUAUCUGGAUAAAAGAGAGAAGAAGCAGAACAAAUGGAUUACAGUUACAACUGAAGAAAUUCAUGAGACAAGCUAUACUGUUAAUGGCCUUAUUGAAGGCUUUGAGUAUGAAUUCCGUGUCAAAUGUGAGAACAUUGGCGGAGAGAGUGACUGGAGUGAGAUUUCAGAACCUGUCAUUCCAAAGUCUGACAUAGCUCCUCGUGCUCCCUUCUUUAAAGAGGAACUGAGAGAUAUAUGUGUAAAAUAUAAAGCCAAUGCGACCUUUGUGACUAAGGUCAUUGGAUACCCAAAGCCAAUAGUAAAAUGGUACAAGAAUGGCAAAGAAAUUUUACCAGAUGGUGAGAAAAUCAAGAUCCAAGAAUUCAAAGGAGGCUACUACCAACUUGCUAUCUCUAAUUCGGACGAGAAUGAUGUAGCUGUUUACCAGAUAAGAGCCACAAAUCAGGAAGGAUCAAUCUCUACAACUGUAACACUUGAUGUUGAAGUUCCUGCCAAGGUUCACUUGCCAUUACAUCUACAAGGUAUGGGAGCUGUUCAUGCUCUCCGUGGUGAGGUGGUCACCAUCAAGAUUCCAAUCAGUGGUAAACCUGAACCUGCAGUGACAUGGCAGAAGGGACAAGAAAUACUGAAUAACACAGCAUAUCAUCAAGUGAUUGUAACAAGAUCGUUCACAUCCCUUGUGUUCCAAAAGGGAGUACAAAAGAAAGAUUCUGGCUACUAUAUUAUUUGUGCCAAGAACAGAUUUGGUGUUGAUAAACAGACAAUUGAACUCGAUGUUGCUGAUGUACCUGAACCACCCAAGGAUGUAAAAGUAAGUGAUAUUGGAAGAGAUACCAUCACACUUACAUGGACUCCUCCAAAUGAUGGUGGAAGUGAUAUUAUCAGCUACAUAGUAGAGAAGUGCCCAGCAUCUGGUGAUAGGUGGAUUCGCGUUGCCCAGACAUCUGAACCACAUUAUACGGUAUUGAGCCUAUUUGGUAAGACAAAAUAUCAGUUCCGUGUUAUUGCAGAAAACAGAUUUGGUCUGAGUAACCCAUCUAUGCCAACUGAACCUGUAACAGCAAGAGAAGACAAGUUAGCUAUUAGAAAUUAUGAUGAAGAAGUAGAUGAAGAAAGAGAAGUAACUAAAGAAGAAGCACCUCAUUCCAAAGUAAAGAAUGUGUCAUCUCUUUACAAGAUCAGUGAGGAACUGGCACGAUGUGGACACUUUGGUAUUGUUCAUCGUUGUGUUGAAAUUAGCUCUAAGAAGACUUUCCUGGCUAAACUCAUUAAGGUGAAAGGAGCUGAUAGAGAGCUAGUUGCAAGAGAGAUCGAAACACUCAAUAUUGCAAGGCACAAGAACUUACUGUAUCUUCAUGAGUCCUUUGAUAGCUUGGAGGAAUACAUUCUGAUCUAUGAAUUCAUAUCAGGGAUGGACAUCUUUGAACGUCUUGGAACAAAUUUUGACCUCACUGAGAGAGAAAUUGUUAUGUACCUGAGGCAAAUUUGCCAGGCUCUCAAGUUCCUGCAUAGCCUCAAUUAUGGCCAUUUUGACAUCAGACCUGAAAACAUUGUUUACAGUACAAGAAAUAGCAGAACUAUCAAGAUCAUUGAAAUGGGCCAAGCCAGGCUGCUGACACCUGGAGAAAACAUCAGAAUUCAGUUCUCAACGCCUGAAUAUUAUGCACCUGAGGUCCACAAUAGUGAUUAUGUUACAACUGCUACAGACAUGUGGUCAGUUGGAGUUCUUGCAUAUGUUCUCCUUAGUGGCCUCAACCCUUUUGCUGCUGAAUCAACUCAUAAAAUGAUCGAGCGGAUUUCCAAUGCUGAAUAUACGUUUGAUAGUGAGGCCUUCAAAUACACCAGUCUUGAAGGCAUGGACUUCGUUGACAGACUCCUUACUAAAGAACGCAAACAUCGUAUGACUGCAUCUGAGGCUCUGGAACAUCCAUGGCUCAAGAUGAAAAUAGAAAACAUUAGCUCUAAAGUCAUAAAGACCUUAAGACAUAGACGAUACUACCAGUCAAUAACCAAGAAGGAGUGGAACACUGUUAUUUCAGUAGCUCGUGUUGCAUAUGGCGGUGGUUACCGAAACCAGAGAAAUGUUUGUAUUGGCAGAGUGAAAAUUGGACAUCCAGAACAAGGCAUGAGAGCAGGUCCAGUCAUGCAUGGCUCUGCUGAAAUCGGUGGUCAUGUUCGUUUUAUGUGCUCCAUUGAAAGCUAUGACAAAACCACAGAGGUGACGUGGUACUUUGGCUCUCAGAAACUGACGGCAAGUCAUAAGUAUGAAAUCAGCUAUGCCAAUGGAGUUGCAAGCAUAUACGUGAAAGAUAUCGAAGAAUGCGAUGAUGGACUAUACAGAUGCAAAGUUGUUAGUGAAGACAGAGAAGACAAUGCCUAUGCAGAGCUGUUUGUUGAGAGUGUAAGAUCCUAUCGAGAAUACUUCCUGGGACGUUCACUCAAGAAACCCAAGCGUAGAAUUGAUAAAACCAAACUUCUACAAAGACCACCAGAGUUUACUCUACCACUGUACAAUCAAACAGCAUAUGUUGGAGAGGAUGUACGCUUUGGUGUAACAAUAACUGUUCAUCCAGAGCCACAGGUUACUUGGCUGAAGGCUGGACACAGAAUCAAACCUGAUCCUACAAAAUAUACAUUUACAACUGACAAGGGUCUUUAUCAGUUAAUUAUUCACAAUGUUGAGCCUAGUGAUGAUGGUGAGUAUACCAUUGUUGCACAUAACAAGUUUGGUGAAGACAGCUGUAAGGCACGCUUAACAGUAACGCAUCAUGCUGUUGUUGAAGACACAAUGAGGCCAAUGUUCAGACGCCUCUUGGCAAAUAUUGAUUGUGUUGAGGGAGAGAGUGUCCAUUUUGAAUUGAGAGUGUCAGGAACACCGCCACCAAGUCUGAAAUGGGUAAAAGAUGGCAAGCCUCUUGAAUUUAGACCACAAGUUGAAGUUGUUCAAGAAGAUAUUGGUUAUUAUGUCCUUCAUAUUAGAGAAACACUAAUUGAGGAUUCGGGUGUCUACAGCGUUACUGCAACAAACUCUGCUGGUUCAGCAAGUUGCCAAGCCACACUCAAGGUUGAACGAUUAACUUACAUUAGGAGGGAGUUCAAGAGUGAGGAGGACAAGCAGGUAUAUAUACAAAAUCAAAUAAAAAAGACCCUAAAAAUGGCACAGGAGUUCUCAACAGCAGAAGUGACUGCACUUAAUCCUGCAGCCCAAGAGGCACUGAAAGAAGCUGCUGAACUGUACAAACCUGCAGUGAGUACCAAAAAUGUUCAGGGUGAGUUUGAUAUCUCUGACAAAGAAGAUAAGGAAAUUAAGAGAAUUAAAGAAGAGAGUAGGAAGAUCAGAAUGCCUUAUGAAAUUCCAGAAGCUCGUGUACAUGAUCCAACUGUUCUUGAGGAAGAUAUGAAUAUUAAACAUUUUGUGCCUUUAUCUGACAUGAAGUGGUACAAGAAACUUCACUAUCAAUAUGAAAUUUCUGAACGCACGGAGAGAGUUGUACAAAAGCGACAGAAACGCAUCCGACUAUCCAGGUGGGAACAGUUCUAUGUCGUGCCACUUCCUAGAAUCACUGAUCAAUACAGGCCAAGAUGGCGCAUUCCAAAGCUUACGCUAGAUGAUUUGGAAACUGUAAGACCAGCCAGGCGAUCCCCAUCUCCUGACUCAGACAUCUUCAGACAGAGAAGGCGUUCCCUGGGUGAUCUUUCAGAUGAAGACAUUCAACCUGUAAAAGAUUAUCAGACAAAGAGAAGAAUUGAAGAAGAGAAGCAACAGCUUGAGGAGGAACUUGAACUUGGCUUCUCUGCCUCUCCUCCAGGUAGCCCUGUUCAUUUUGAACUGCAUGCACUACGUCUUGCAUCACCCAGGAUUAUGCACAAAGCUGAAGUGAAACACACAGAGGUAACAAAACUUGCACUGACACCAAAGAAACCUUCUGUGUCUCCACCCCCCAUUUCUCAUUUCUUGAGAAGGAGAAGAUCUCUGUCUCCAACAUAUAUUGAACUGAUGCGUCCUGUCUCUGAACUAAUAAGACCACACCGGGCACCAGUGGAAUAUGAAAUUGAGGCAGUUGAAAAGAGGUCACCCACUCCUGAGAGAACACGACCACGUUCCCCUAGUCCUGUGUCUCCUGAAAGACGAUCAUCAAGAUCUUCCUCUAGGUUUGAAAGAUCUGCAAGAUUUGACAUCAUGUCUAGAUAUGAGGCAAGAAAAGCUGCUCUGAAAUCUGAGCGGAAGUAUCAAGUUGUAACACAACAACCAUUUAGCCUUGAUCAUGCUCCACGAAUUACAGUUAGAAUGCGCUCACACCGCGUACCAUGUGGUCAAGACACUAAAUUCACAUUGAAUGUCCAAUCAAGGCCAGAAGCUGAAAUUCAGUGGUUCCAUAAUGGACAACAGAUUCAAGAGAGCAGCAAAUACCAGUUUAUAAACAUGAGUGGUGUCUUAACCCUCCAGAUUACUGAUUGCCAGGCAAUGGAUAGUGGCACAUACCGUGCUGUCUGUACCAACUCAAAGGGAGACGCAUCUGACUAUGCAACUCUCGAUGUAUCAGGAGGGGCAUUUACUACAUAUUCCUCAAGACGCAAAGAUGAGGAGGCUCCAACAGCAUUUGUACCUGACAUGCUAAAGACAGACCAUUACCAUACGUCAUCAAUCAGGGCAUCUUCUGCCUCAAGGACACACAUAGAGAUCAAAGAAACCAAGUCAAAGUUUACUGAACGACAAGAGGUUUCUGGGAUUGAAAAAUAUGAGACUGAAAGACUUGCAUCAUCCCCUAUCAGAUAUGCAUCUACUGAAUACCUGUCAUCUGCUUCAUAUUCAUUCUCAGAAAGAUAUGCAUCAUCUGAAUAUAAGGCAAAGUCUGUUGAGUCCUCAGCAACAGCAAGCAUAACUGCUAAGAAAGUCAAAUCCACUCUAUCAGCAAAAAUACUCACCAAACCACGCUCUUUAACAGUAGCAUUGGGGGAGUCUGCAAGAUUUACCUGCGAUAUUGAUGGUGAGCCAGCACCAAACGUCACAUGGAUGCAUGAACAAAAUGCUGUUGUCAUUUCCCAUCGUGUACAUGUGACAACAACACAAUACAAGUCUACAUUUGAAAUAUCUUCUGUAGAGUACUCUGAUGAAGGCAGUUACAAAGUAGUGGUAGAAAAUUCAGAGGGAAGAGAAGAGGCAACGUUUACCUUAAGCAUCUACAAGCCACCAACAAAAGAGGAGGCUAUUACACCAUCCCAUCCAGUUAAAUCUCUUGAGCCAGCAGCAAAGUCACCUGAGCAUUCAAUGAAACCACCAAAAACGUCUAUAGAAUUAGUAGGACCUUCAGUGAAAAGUACUACAGCACCUGCCAUAUCUCCAGUGCGAUUGGUAAAGUCUCCAGAGCCAUCUGUAAAGUCUCCAGAGCCAUCAGUUAAGUCUCCAGAGCCAUCAGUUAAGUCUCCAGAGCCUAUGGUGAAACCACCAGAACCCACUGGUGUCAAGUCCCCUGAACCACGAAUUAAGUCACCUGAAGUUGGCAAAUCACCAUUAAGAGUCAAGUCUCCUGAGCCUGCCACUGCUGCUCCAAGAGUUAAGUCACCUGUCCCUGCAAAGCCCUCAGAAGCAACUACAUCGCCUCUUAGGAUUAAAUCUCCCACAGCUGUAAAGUCUCCUGAACCAGUAGUAUCUCCUCCAAGAGUGAAAUCUCCACCUCCAGUUAAGUCUCCAGAAGCAAUAACCUCACCACAAAGAGUCAAAUCUCCGACAGGAAUUAAGUCACCAGAGCCAAUCAGCUCUACUCAAAGAGUAAAAUCUCCACCAACAGCCAAGUCUCCAGAGCCAAUAAUUUCACCAAAAAGGGUUAAAUCUCCACUCACUGUGAAAUCGCCAACUCCAUCAAAGGAAGUACCCCCAAAGAUUCUCCAGCAACUUAAGGCUGAGGCAUUUGAAGACAAGGUGAAGAUGACCUGUGUUGCUGAAAGUUCUAUAAGGGAUGUUGUGUGGUACAAAGAUAGCAGGAGACUCAGUGAGAGUAGCCAUUAUCAGAUCCACACUUCUGCUGAUGGCACCUGUUGUCUCUAUAUAUCGGAUGUGUCUGAGAAGGAUCAGGGGGAAUAUUCCUGUGAAAUAUUUGCAGUGAGUGGAGCAGUCUCAAAAACAUCAUUCUCUUUCUUUGGUCAAGUGUUUCAGUCCAUCUUCACAAAAAUAACCAUGUUUGUGUCUGCACACAUGGCUGCUAAAGAAUCUGUGUCCCUUAAGGCUCAUCACGGGGUUGAAAUGGUUAAGAAAGAGAGUGCUACUCUCAGCAGUCUGCAAGAGAGUUUCUCUUCAAAAUCCAUCCACAUGGAGAGCACGAUGCAAGAGACAUCAUACAGCAGUUCUGCAAUGGCUGAGAUGAAAUUGGAAACAAUGUCACUGUCCAGCAUGUCCUCCAUGACUUCUGAAUCACUGUAUGCUUUGAGCUCAAGCAGUAUUAUGUCAAGUCACUCACAUGCUGAGGGAUCCUCAAUAAGAGCCACUCUACUCAGUGGUCAAGGUUCAGCACCAAAAAUAGAAGCACUACCAGAAGACAUCAGCAUUGAGCCUGGGAAGGUUUUGACCAUAACAUGUGCAUUCUCUGGAGAGCCUUCUCCACAAAUUGAGUGGUCUCGUGGUGGUAAAACACUUUCAACUGCAGAAGAGAGUAAAAGGUUCCACAUUGAGACUACCGAGGACUUAACCACACUCAUAAUCACUAGUGUAAAAUCUAGUGAUGCUGGGGUUUACACCCUCAAACUUUCCAAUGAGCAUGGGUCUGACAUUGCAACUGUCACCAUUAAUGUUCGUUUACUUUAAAACUAAUAAUGAUACUAUCUUCCCCUUUCUCACAUUAUAUGCCUUUUUAUUUAUUGAUUAAGGAAAAAAAAAGAUAUUUACUUGAUAAAUACCUGGAUAUCUAUUCCUGUAAAUACGAAAUAUUUUUAUAUCAAACUUGACAUUAAUUUAUGCCGAACUAGACUAAAGUCUAAAAUUGUUAUAAAAAUGUGCCAUUUUGGAUAAUUAUGACUAGGAUUUUUGGUCAAUUUUUUUGUGACGUGUACAUAAUGUAUAUAGCCGAAUUUACCGGUUAUGGAGAAUGUAUGAAUUGUUAUUUAAGACAAUAUAAACUAAAACAAAUGGAACUAAUUGUUUAUCAGGAGAAAGUUUCUCAUGGAACGAAUACCCUGUUAAACCUGGAACUAAACUUAGUGCCUCAACAAAAAGUUGAAGUCUUAAGAUUGCCUCAACAGGUAGAGAGGCUCCCUGUUGAAGUUUAACUAAAUUUACGAGACAAAGCUAUACACUGUAUGUGUACAAGUGAUAUUAUUAUUGUCACAUGAAUUUAUAACUUGACCAUAAGACCUUGAAUGCUGCUUUCAAUUACCCUCAUGUAAGCAGGAUGACUACGUCUUGUGUUCAAACUGAUUAUGUCAUACCACCAUUUUUAAGACAUGCUCAAAGUGCAAGCGGCCUGCACUUCCUGAGCUAAAGUUUUUAAUGUGCUCUGUUUCUGGUAAGGGAUUGCUUGAAUGGACUUUCAAAAUUAACAUCACCUGGCCAAAAAUCAAAGUCUAUCUUGUACUUCCUUGCAGAAGCAGAGCCUCCUCUUGGAGGAUUGCUUUGUUGCAUUGUGUGUGUACUAGUUUUAGAACUCAUCUUCACAGUUGCUGGGCAAACAAGCAUACCACAGGGACAAAAUCUUCUGUGGAAAUAAACAUCUCAAACCAGGAACUAUAUGCCCUAUAUUUUGGAUUGAUUUUAUGUAGAAUUGUAGUAUUACUAAUUAAUGCAACCUCCUUGAGCCUUAUAAUUGAUUCAAUAAAGCAUGUUUUCAGCACAAAAA